AUGCUCUCAGGGAAACUCUUCCUAGUAACCUGGCUGGGUGGACCCAAUGACCAGAGCUGGGAGCGGCUGAGAGAGAGGCUGCUGUGCUACGGUGUAUUUCUGAAUGGUGUCUGUCUGAGUUGGGUUCCUCUGCUAUGAGAACACACACCAGCACUGACCGUGGAGCCCAGCGGAGCCUGUUUUGUGGAGGGGGAGGAGGAGGAGGAGGAGGAGGACAUGAGGUCCAACAGGGAUGAGGGGACACCCGGUGAGUGAGAGAAAGAGAGGGAAGAAAGAGGAGUGUAUUUAGAGGAUCAGUCACUGUUGUGACAGUUGGUUUAAGCCAGAGUUCUGUUUCUACGGUAGAGAUGUGUGUGAGUUCAAUAAUUCGUUUUCACGUGUAUACCCAUUUGUUUGAAUACUCACACUGAAUUUAUUAGAGGAAAUUGAAUGAGUCAUGUAAACUCAUUAUCAAUGAGUUACUAAAUGAAUAACUCAUCAUUUGGUAGUGUUAGUACUGUAUUUAGAUGAUAUUAUACAGUAUAUAUGAAGGUUGUGUUACAGUAGCAACACAUUAAUGGCUGUAAAGAAAUAUUGUUUUGCGUGUAAUUUUAGAAAACAUAUUUGAUGGUAGUAGGCUUUUUUACAUAAGCUAGGGUGACCAUACGUCCUCUUUUUCCCGGACAUGUCCUCUUUUUGGACCUAAAAAAAUGCGUCCGGCCGGGAUUUCUAAAUCGCCCAAAAUGUCCGGGAUUCGGCUUUUGCUUUCUACAGUCGCCAUUAAUUGUGUGCGUUUUUGGGGGUUUUGCAUUGCUUUGACCUUUCUCUUUAGGUCCCACCUUCUCACACGCCACCAUUGGUCGGUCAUGUAGGCCUACGCAAACAUUGGUCAAACUGCAUCUCAAUCAUUACCCUCACCAUGGCAACAGCCAAGAGACAGAGCAGCAGCUUGCUUGUCAACAGUGGCACAUGGCUCCAGAACAGCGUAAAAAUGGCCAAACGCAAAUGUAAAUUCAUAGACGAGUUACAGAGAAAAUUCCCGUGUUUUCGUCUUGGUCAGGAUCCGUGUGAAGCAGAAUGCAUGACCUGCAAAGCUGGCACGUACGUGUCAGUGUCAAAUAAAGGUGCUAGCAACCUAGAAGCCCACAUAAGCCCUGCAAAACACAAAAUUGCAGCUAAAGGAGAGAGUUCGUCAGGUAAAUUAACUGACUGAUUUUCUGAGAGCAGGUUAAACAGAAGAUGCUGUUACUGCUGCGGAGGGAGUUUUGCAUUCCACACCACGAAGCAUCACAAUAGCUACAGAUCAAUGGACUGCACGUCUGCCUUGUUAAAAAAGGCUUUCCCUGAUUCCGAGACUGCGCAAAAAUGUUCAAGCGCUCGUACUAAGACCAAAGCAAUUGUUAAUGCUGUGAUAGCACCACAUUCUGUCGACAUAGCUCUGAAAGCACUAGAAGACAUACCUUACUGUGGUGCUUCUACUGAUGGGAGCAAUCACGGUGCUGUGAACAUAUUCCCUCUGCUUAUUCAGUAUUUUGAUUGGAAGAAUGGUGGCGUGCAAAGUAAAUUAGUCGAAGUUAAAAACACUCCAAAUGAGACAGCUGAUACGAUCGCAAUACAUCAAAGAAACACUGGAAAAGAAUGGGAUUUUUUCAAAAUGUAUUGCAUUUACAGGUGACAACUGCAAUACAAUGUUCGGGGGAAUCCGGCGUGAUGAAGAAGGAAAUAAUGUUUUCGCAAACUUAAAGAAGUCAUUGCAGAACAAGUCUUUAAUCGGUGUGGGCUGCCCAGCACACGUCUUGAACAAUUGUGUUCAUUACGGGGAAGACACACUAGAUGUCGAUAUUGACAUCAUCUUCAACAUAUGUCAAUACUUUCACAUCUACACUGUGCACACAGAUAAUUUGAAGGAGUACUGUGAAUUUGUUGAUGUUGAAUACAGAAGUCUCCUUUCUCACAGCAAGACGUGAUGGUUGUCAUUAUUCCCAGGUAUUGAGAGGCUGCUACAGAUGUUUCCAGCCUUGAAAGCAUUAUUUUUGUCACAGGAAAAAACACCCUCCUUGAUCAAUAACUUUUUUGAAGAUGAGUUCAGUGAAAUUUACCUCUGGCACAUGCACUCACUCAUGUGUGUGUUUCAUUCACACAUUCAGGAGAUGGAAAGGGAGAGCAAUUCAAUUGUGGAUGUGAAGAACCUUUUGAACAAAGUCCACACCAUGCUUCUUGAACGCAAGACCAAUAACUUAAUGUCCCUUAAAGUUAAGGGACUAUUGGCACAAAAGCACAAGGAUGGACUUGGUAAGAAUUGUGACCAUUUCAGUGCUCAAGUACAGGGUCUGUACAGUUCAUGCCUGGAGUAUCUGGAGAAAUGGAUGGCACCCAUGGAGGAAUUCUCCUCUUUCAUGUGGAUGGAUCUUAGUGAGACACCUGACUGGAAUGACAAAGAAGCCUGUAUCAAACACCUGGGAGAAAAGGGGGUGCCAAUUGAUGAUGCAAAGUGCUUUGAUCAGGUCACCAACCUGAAGAAAUUCACAGAAAGGUGUAACAGUGAUGGAGAGUUCAGUAAUCUGCAAGCACACAAGAAGUGGACCAAAUAUUUUGAAAGGUCCAAAAGCAUAGAUUUUCAUUCAGAGCUACUGAAGAUUGCACAGUUUUUCUUUGCUAUUCCUUCUCACAAUGCAAAUGUAGAGAGAGUUUUUUCACUGAUGCAAAACCAGUGGACAAAGGAAAGGAAUCAUUUGUCUGUUGAGUCACUGAAGGGGCUUCUGUGUACACAAUGCAACUUUAAAAACAUGUCUUGCAAAGACUUUGAUGCCUACUUGAUUGGUAAUCAAGGACUGUUGGGAAAGAUUCGAUCUUCGGGAAAGUAUACCAGAGAGCAUCAGGAGGACUGACAUUAUUUUUGACUGAAAUAGUGGAUUUUUUUAUGACAACUGUUUUUUUUUUUUUUAUUGUAACCUAUGGCCAUGAAAAGAAACAGUGUCAUGUAAAAGGUGUUAAAAGCUAAACUAUUUUUAUUUGUUAUUAUUCUAUUGUUGAGGGCCAACAGUUGAAUAGAAAGGAUGUAUUACUUUAUGUAUUAAAGUUCAAUAACAUAGUUGCAUGGUUGUGAACGCAUUUGUAUUUACCACCCACUGUGGGUGUCCGUCUGCCUCCCGCUCCCACUGUCCUCUUUUUUGAAAACUAAAAUAUGGUCACCCUGCAUAAGCAUGUUGACCUGGAUCUGUUAUGUACGUUGGUUAAUAUGCGUGUUAAUCUGUUAAUCUGCCAUAAGUAUUUGAAUCCCUGGGAGUGAGUUGGGUAUUUAGGCAGAUAUUUGGUGAUGAUCAGCUCAGUCAGCAUAGCACACGUAGACUACAUCUCUGAGAAAUGAUCAGUCAGUAUGUCACAAUUCAGGGCUCUGGAAGCUGUCCUGUUCUGUCUGGAGUCCUGUAGGUCUGGUCCUAGAACUACUAUCCAAUCAGCAUAUUGCCCCAGUGUUCACCCUACAAUUCCUCCGCCCAUGUCUUGCAUUGAAUGUGUUGCAAUGCAUUUGAUAGAAAAUAGCAAACAUCAGACACAGCCAUUAAUUCAGGUGUUAUCUGAGAGAGCCUCCAACACCUCCAACUGGACCCCUGGUAGACACUGUCUCUGUCGUUGUGACAGGAUGUAUACUGUGUUUAUCUAGAUGCCUUUAACUGUUAUUUCUUUACGUCUAUGCCCCCUGACAAGUUACACAAGACUGUGUGUGUGUCUGUGCCUGCGCGCCUCCAUGCACACCUGCGUGCGUGUGUGUGUGCGUGCUCAUGCAUGCAUAUUAUGUGUGUGUGAUGCAUGCUCAUGUGUGUGUGUACUUACUACUCACUCUUGUGUUUGUGUGUGUGCUGGUGGUAUUUGAGGGGAUGAGUCCGAGGCUGAUCCCGCUGGUUGUGUUGCGUGACUCCUGCUGAUCUACUCCAUACCCAGAGGUUGAGGAAAGAUAAUGAGUUUGACCGAGUGAGACGCUGCUGCCAGAUGGCACUGUCAGAGAUGGUCUCACACUCUGCUCCAACAGCAGCUCACAGCAGGCCCAUGAUGACAUGCUCUGCAGGCCUAGUCCUUGACCAGUGACCAGUCCACCUGGCUGGACCAGUCUAAUGUGUUACAGCUCCAUAGGGAGUGGAGGUCAGUGUACAAGAAGGAUGCACCACCAUUAGUCUGACUGGGGUUUUCCUGGAGAUGUUCAUGAAUUGGGCACAGCUUUCAUCUCCUUUUUGGUGAAAUAUCCUCGACAGGGAUGGCACUGGCUUGUGGUCAGACUGAACAUUAAUGGGACAAUGUUCACUAUAGUCUCAUAAGGCAUGUCUAUUGUUCAGUAUUCCGUCAAAGUCAGACCAUGUUCAAUUAUAUUAUUGUGUUCAAUGUAGUCAGAGUGUACAGAGCUACAGUAUGUUUAGAUAGAUUACAGCUUUUGGUCUUGUUGGUCUUAUUGGUCUUGUUGGUCUUGUUGGUCAUGUUGGUCUUAUUGGUCUUGUUGGUCUUGUUGGUCUUAUUGGUCUUGUUGGCCUUGUUGGCCUUGUUGGUCUUGUUGGUCAUGUUGGCCUUGUUGGUCUUGUUGGUCUUGUUGGCCUUGUUGGUCAUGUUGGCCUUGUUGGUCUUGUUGGUCUUGUUGGUCUUGUUGGCCUUGUUGGUCAUGUUGGUCAUGUUGGCCUUGUUGGUCUUGUUGGUCUUAUUGGUCUUGUUGGCCUUGUUGGCCUUGUUAGUCUUGUUGGUCUUGUUGGCCUUGUUGGUCAUGUUGGCCUUGUUGGUCUUGUUGAUCUUGUUGGUCUUGUUGAUCUUGUUGGUCAUGUUGGUCAUGUUGGCCUUGUUUGUCUUAUUGGUCUUGUUGGCCUUGUUAGUCUUGUUGGUCUUGUUGAUCUUGUUGGUCUUGUUGGCCUUGUUGGUCUUAUUGGCCUUGUUGGUCAUGUUGGUCUUGUUGGUAGUGCUAACUGACUUAUUUUAUUGUGUUUUUUUAUUGUGUUACUAUUUUAUUUUUAUCUAUUUGUUAAUGUUCUUGCUUUUUAACUGCAUUGUUGGGAAAGGGCUCGUAAGCAAGCAUUUCACGGUAAAGUCUACACUUGUUGUAUUCGGCGCAUGUGACAAAUAAAAUGUUGUUUGAUUUGAUUUGAUUUGACUACUGUAGAAAAUAUCAACAAAGUGUUGUGCAGCAGGUUUAAAACAGCAAAUAAUCUCCAUGAAGCCUCCCAACCACCAAACUCCCCAUCGGAGCCAAAACCGGUCAUUGACUGAAUGAAUGUGGUUGCUAUUUUUGAUGCAACCCUUUCUAUCGGUCUUCCUGCAUCAUUUCAUGUUGAUUUGAUGUUAUCCUCUUAUAUAAGGCCCUAUAUUUGGGUCAUCCUCUUGUCUUGAGAUGUAAACAAAAUUGGCUCUUUAGAGACUGCUCUUAUCAGGUCGCUGUUAACAGCCAUUUCGUGAUUCCUUCCACACAGGUCUUACAAUAGACCUAAAGUAGAUCUCAAUGCUUCAUGCUAAAUUCAAUGUGUGUGUUGCCCGCGAGAGGCAAUAAUGUGAAAAGAUUUUAGGUUUAGAAAGGCACUUAAGGUUUGUAAUUUCCACUUAGAAAUUUCAGACUUGAGUUUCCCUUAUGAAAUGUCCAUGAAUUAUAAUCUACAUAAUAACAUUUCCUGUUGCUGCAGGAUUAUUUUCCUACUGUCGGAGACUGGCUCAAAUUAAGAUCCUACAUCUGUAUGAGAGAUCCCUGGGUUCAUUCGGCAGGCUGCAUUUCCUUGACAAUAAGGGCUAUUAUCUGCGUGAGUUUGAUGAGGAACAGCAGCCGACCCCUGUCACCCCCUACGGCGAUCCCAACACAGCCCUCCUUUCGUGGGAAUCAUCUCCACCACGCAGUAAUAAUCAUAGAGGCAGAGCACACCAGGCAACCAUGCACACACACACACACGCACACACACACACUUGCAUGCGCACACACACACCGAUACAGCCAUCCACGCAUCAUGUGGCUCAUCCAUCACAGACAUACAGAGCAGAGGAACAUUGUGGAUGGAAGAGAGACAUAGAGACAUGGAAGCACAGAUGCUCUGUGGCCAGAAGCCAACAAUAAGACGUAAUGUAUUCAUAACCAUCACCAGAUACUAAAACCUUACUGCAGGCAUCCAAGCAAAUUCAUAAACCCCAGUAAUGAAAUACUAAAUUAAUCUAAAUGAAAAAAGAUGAUAAUGUGUGCCCAGGCUAAUACUGCUGUAUAAUUAUGGAUUACAGUUUGACUGUGUUGUUACAGCUGAUGUAGACUUCUUAGUAUAUGUUUGGCUUCUUCAUUAACAAUGACAGACUAGUCUGCGCUGAUACCAGAUGUCUAACUUUAUAGUAAAGUCCCACAUGCAAACAUAUUGUAGUUGGCUAAAUCCCACUAUACACUGUGUUGAAUUUGUUAUGUUCUUCUUACUGUAAUCCAUUGUCUCAUGUCAGAUGGCGUCACUCCUACGAGACGCUCGCAAAUGUGCUCUAACUAGCAGUCUAGUGCAUGGCCAUAUGGUAGCUAGUUUGCCAGCGUGUUGCUCAAGUUGUAAGGCACCAAAGUUAUGGAACUGUUCUCCGAAAUCAGCAUGUAUCUGACUCUGACAGAUGGCACUGUGCCUUGCUACUUCGUAACAUUUGGCCAACACGGUAAUGUCGCAGAGAUCAGUCAGCUGUGCUGUAGAACUCAGCGCACUAAUCACAGCAGAACAGAUGUGAAAACAAAUUUGUGCAUUAGCUAGAACUCCACUAGCUAGUUAACUAGAGGGAGUAAUCCACAUUGAGUAUGUGAACUGGCAUUGUUAGCAUCCCUGCAUUUAGUUUCAUAUGGAUUGCAUUUCGAAUUUCAUAAAUACUGAUUCUACCACCACAAAAAACCUUAGCUAGAUUAAGAAUUAGGUAGUGAGGACUUGCUCAUGAAAAAAAAGUAAAUAUUAGCUACAGCUUUAUAGUUUUUGGUAAGAUUAAGUCUGACUAUUUUGAGAAUGAAAGGGGAGUUCAGUGGACGAUGUGACCUUGGUAACAUUUUCCAAGUGUUAGGACAGCAUAUUGUAGGCAAACCUAUUUUUAGCUAUCCCAUUAAUGAUUGCGAGUUAUGAGACAGAUCAGUGAAGACGACCGUCGCACUAUCUGAUGUGAGACAAUGACUGUAAUCUAGAUAAGUGCAGUACACAGGAUACUAUCUAGACAUUAGACCAUUGUCUUUAGUCUCACAGCUGAUGCCCAUGCCAUCCACUCUCCUCUGGACCUUUCUACUGUAGAAGUGGCCUGAGACCACCACCUGAGACCACAGUUUUUCAACUGGUCGUUCAGAACAGCACUGUUUCCGUUUAAUUGAACAUUCAGUAUGUUUUUUCGUACUGAACGCAGCGUUGGAAUAUUAACAUUUCUGAGUGUUGUUACUGGAGCAACAUGGAGAUAUCCUGAGUUUCUGAACAGGCUGUGAAACCAGUGAUGUGUUCCUUCUCCUAGUUUUAUACAAAAAAUAGUUUAUGAAAGGAAUGACAGAGAGAAAGAGGGAGGCACUGGUGAUGAACCAUUGUAAUGAUGUUCUGAGCCCUGUUCUAAAGUGUUCUACUCAGUGAGUCUCAUUGGGGCUUUUGUUGAGCGCUGUCUGAACCUCCCAAGCACCCUUUCAAGGCUGUUUGAACCUCCCUAGCAUCCCUUCAGGGCUGUUUGAACCUCCCAAGCAUCCCUUCAGGGCUGUUUGAACCUCCCAAGCACCCCUUCAGGGCUGUUUGAACCUCCCAAGCACCCCUUCAAGGCUGUUUGAACCUCCAAAGCACCCCUUCAGGGCUGUUUGAACUUCCCAAGCACCCAUUUUGUGCUUUUAUCAGCCGUUGAUGACAGCUAAUUAUUGUUUAAAUAAACAUUGGAAGGAUUUUUUGUAUUUGAAAUGGUUGAAUAUUUUGCUACCAUAUGGUGAGUAAUGCUCCAGGUAAUAGUGGCCUUUUUUCUACAGUGCAGUUACCUGCAAUGCUACAGUACAAUAUCUCUAUGUACAACACAUCACCCUCUCUAAAAAGUAAUUACUCUACUCCUUCCCCAGCUCCAAUUCCCCCGCUCCCUCUCCUCUCCUCACCGUGCUGAGUGUCCUAUAGCUGUCCAGCACCAGCACCAAUCCCACCAGGGUGACACAGUGUGGGAAAAUAGUACUGCAUAGAGAAACAGGACCCCAAAAUGUACGGGAAUUGAAAUAUCUCCAGUCCAUGUUCUAUUUCCAGACUACUGUGGGAACUGACAAUCAAAUAGUAAUCCAAGGAUUGUGAAUUAUUAUAUAUAUAUUAUUUUUUACAUAUUGUGAGAUUACUGCGUUCCUACUAAUGCUGCUGCUGCAAACCCACUAAAACCCUUCCAUGUUCAGCACUCCACAUACAGGAGAAUAUAAUACAGUAAAGCCAUGGAUGGAAAUAUAGGAUCAAUGCUCUUAAAUGGUGGAGCUUUGUGGAAUGAACUAGGUGACAGUGUGCUACUCUCCUCUGGUUUCAAGCCUACUGAUGCUGUGCCAGAUUUAUACAGACAUGUAAGACUGUCUCUGUCACUCUCCUAAUCAGGGUUGAGUAGGUUACUUUCUAAAUGUAAUCUGUUACAGUUACCUGUCCAAAAUGUUUAUCAGUAACGUAACUUUUGGAUUGCCCAAACUCAGGAAAGUAAUCUGAUUACUUUCAGUUACAUUUGUAUUACCUUCCCCUUCAGAGGCUUUAGAAGAAGACAAAAAGGAUCCAUCAAAGCAUUUGGUGUGUCAUCAUAGAUCUCUGACUUAUAGUCAGACUCGCUCAGGUGGAACAAACUUAAACGUGUGCCUUUUUUCACUGCUGAAUUGAAUGUCAUUGAGAAAAUAGAAAGGUGUCAUAAUGUAUUCAUCCUUUCUGAAUUUAAAAGUAAUCCAAGAAGUAAUUAAGUUUUUCAAACGUAUCUGUAAUCUGAUUACAAUAUUUUAGCUGGUAACUUAACCGAUUCGUUUUUCCCAACCAGGUAACCUGGCAGGUAGGAGCGUUGGGCCAGUAACCGAAAGGUUGCUGGAUCGAAUCCCUGAGCUGACAAGGUAAAAAUCUGUCAUUCUGCCCUGAGCAAGGCAGUUAACCCACUGUUCCCCGGGUUAAAUGCGUUGGGUUAAAUGCGGAAGACACAUUGCAGUUGAAUGCAUUCAGUUGUUCAACUGACUAGGUAUCCCCUGUUCCUAACAUACAGUAUGGAGUGACAUAUACACUGAAUACAAAUAUAAAUGCAACAAUUUCAAAGAUUUUACUGAGUUACAGUUCAUAUAAGGAAAUCAGUCAAUUGAAAUAAAUAAAUUAGGCCCUAAUCUAUGGAUUUCACAUGACUGGUAAUACAGAUGUGCAUGUGUUGGUCAAAGAUACAUUUAAAAAAAAAAGUAGGGGAGUGGAUCAGAAAACCAGUCAGUAUCUGGUGUGACCACCAUUUGUCUCAUGCUGGGCGACAUAUCUCCUUCACAUAGAGUUGAUCAGGCUGUUGAUUGUGGCCUGUGGAAUGUUUUCCCACUCCUCUUUAAUGGCUGUGAGAAGUUGCUGGAUCUUGGCGGGAACUGGAACACGCUGUCAUACACGUCGAUCCAGAGCAUCCCAAACAUGCUCAAUGGGUGACAUGGCUGGUGAGUAUGCAGGCCACGGAAGAACUGGGACAUUUUCCACUUCCAGGGAUUGUGUAUAGAUCCUUGCGACGUGGGGCCAUGCAUUAUCAUGCUGAAACAUGAGGUGAUGGUGGCGGAUGAAUGGCACAACAAUAGGCCUCAGGAUCUCAUCAUGGUAUCUCUGUGCAUUCAAAUUGCCAUCGAUAAAAUGCAAUGUUUGUUGUCUGUAGCUUAUGCCUGCCCAUACCAUAACCCCAGCUGUCCGGGUGGCUGGUCUCAAACGAUCCAGCAGGUGAAGAAGCCAGUUGUGGAGGUCCUGGGUUGGCGUGAUUAAACGUGGUCUGCGGUUGUGAGGCCAGUUGGAUGUACUGCCAAAUUCUCUAAAACUACGUUAUGGUAGAGAAAUUAGCAUUCAAUUCUCUGGCAACAGCUCUGGUGGACAUUUCUGCAGUCAGCAUGCCAAUUGCACGGCCCCUCAAAACAUUGCGUUGUGUGACCAAAUUGCACAUUUUAGAGUGGCUUUUUAUUGUCUCCAGCACAAGGUGCACCGAUCAUUCUGUUUAAUCAGCUUCUUGAUAUGACAUACAUUUUAGUCAUUUAGCAGACGCUCUUAUCCAGAGCAACUUACAGUAGUGAGGGUAUACAUUUUUUCGCAGUGAUCCCCCAUGGGAAUUGAACCCACAACCCUGGCAAACUAAAGUAGACUUACCAGCUCUAACCAGCCUGAGCGUUCUUCCAUCCUGCAGUACCCACACUGUCUCUCAAUUAGAGAAAGUGGCCCCUGCAGUGUGUGUAAAUGGGUAUGUUAAAUAGUCAUUGACAAGGUCAAUAUUGCUGUUAGGUGCACUGUUCGAGCUGCAAGAAUAAUGUGAAGUGUUUGAAAAUGGAAAUGUAAGAAAAUUAUUAAUGCACAUAUUUGAGUUGGGUGAUUAUAUUUUCAAAGGACCACGAUUUGCCUAAUCAUGUAAGCUCUUUCUCUCUGUUGUUCGCUGGCUAAUUCCCUGCUAUAACAAACCCGGGGAACAUAACAUGUUACAUUUAUUACACUGAAUAUUGCAGGCGGAGAGGCAAAUAAUUAAUUUUCAUACUAACAGGGUCCGUGGAGAUGCUUAUUAAGAUGAUAUAAAGGUCUGCACACAUUAACCACUGAGUAAUGGACAGUUUCACACUGUAUUGGAGGUGUCGUGUCUGUGCAAGAGUACAGUUCCUCUCAGUUAGGACAGUGCCUGUGGAUAUUUUUAGGGAACAUAGGACAAAUUUGCGGUCACUCCGGUCAGUGUUGUGGCUACCUGACACAAGGAGAGGAGUGGCCAUAUGACCAUAGCCUCCAGCAUAGUAACACAUGUAGGCCGAGGGAGGACGGUGGGUGACACCUGCCCAGAGAUUCCUACACAGCAUGCUACAUAGAAGGAGAGCAGAUGGUUGCUGUCAAGGAUGUGUUUAACACUCGUAUCAAACUCACAGCACAGGUAGUAAUCUAGUUCUAGUUAUACCCUGAUGAAGACAGCUUGUCUGUCGAAACAUUGGUUAUUAGGUUAUUAAAUCAUUUUAUCUGAGCUCCUAGAGUGAGACUCUCCUUUUCUUUUUCAAGUAAUCUAGUUCAUGCCUGGCCCCAGCCCCCUUUUAGCCACAAGGCAAACAGCCACUAGACCUGUCUGCUCAGUAAGCCGUGUUCCGUCUCUUUCCGUGUCUGAUUGGAGAAGCCAGGGAGUGAGGGAAGAGGACAGGUUGAUGGCCUGGUCAGAGCAGCCCUGAUGAUAGACACUCUAAUGGAGGGAGGCAUUGCUCAGACAGGAGUAAUUGAGUGGGCCACUGCUGAGUGAGGAGACGGGUGACCUUCUUCUCUCCUCAGGGAGGUGGCUAAUGGAACAGGCAUGCUCACUGUCUACUGGUGAUGCUAAGACUAAGACUGGAGACAGGGAGACGAUGACAACAACAACAACAACAACAACAACAACAACAACAACAACAACACCACCACAAUGGGUGCACUAUACAUACGCGCUAUACACUAUACACACACGUACACAUGGAUUUUGUGUUGUAGAUAUGUGGUAGUAGAGUAGUGACCUGAGGGCACACACUUAAUGUGUUGUGAAAUCUGUUGUGAAUGUAUUGUAAUGUUUUUGAAAUUGUAUAACUGCCUUAAUUAUGCUGGACCCCAGGAAGAGUAUCUGCUGCCUUGGCAGGAACUAAUGGGGAUCCAUAAUAAAUGCAAAUACAAAUGGGAUUUUCAACAGGCCAGGUCACAUCAUGACCAGUAAAGUACAUACUAUUUAUUAUGGCUUAUUCUUCAAUAGUGUAUACUAAAAGAUUACCACUGAGGCUUGUCCCUCACGUGUGCCUGUGCAUUGUGUGAGAAGAGACAACCAGACAUAAAUCAUUUCACGCUUUGCAUGUCUUUACAGUAAACUCAACUGACCCCACAAACACACUCCCUCUCACAGCCCUCAGUUGACAGCCCUCAGUGUGGUUUUAGUGUCCAGUACGACAUGAUGUGUAGUCUUUUUUCUCCUGAUGAUGUCCCUGCCAACAGGCUUAUCCACACUGAAAUGCCUACGUUGUCUCGGAAAAAUAAAGAAGAUUCUCUAGGCUUUGCUUUGCCUUGCCUUCAUUUCAUCCCGACUUUGAGGCAGGCAGGGAGGGAGGCGGGGAACCUAAAAGAGGAGUGAUUAUGCAGCUCAGAGCUGACAGUGGGGGAGUAAUGGCAGGAUGGGGGAUCGAUGGAAAAGUGUAUUUGAGGGAAUUAUGUUGCUGAUUGCUUGUGCUUAAAUCACCCUCUGUUCUGUUCCCACAGUAUCUAGAGAAUCUCUGAGUGCUCAUCAUGUGUCUGUCUUUCUUAUGUUGAGUCACGUUGACUGGCUCUGUUCCAACUGCUCCACUAUAGUUGGUGCAGAUGCAUACACUCUAUACAAUGCUUGUGGUGACAAUGACGAUUUCCUUCAAGUAGCCUGCUUACCCGUACAUAUAAUUCUACAUGAUCAUUAUCAUAAUACACAUAUAUGAUAUCACAUUUAGAGUUAAACUGUCCUGAAACACUCUCCGGUGUAAGGAAGGUUAUACAAUGACUGCAUGUACUAUAACCUUUGGGAAUAAGAUUAUUCAAAUGUUGUAUUUUUUUUAUUUUUUAUCUUCCACAUUAGCAACCCUGGUACUUUAUGUAUGCAAGGACAUGAUUGUAUGAUACUAUCACACUGAGAGGGAGACAUGUAGACCAUCUUCACCAAAUUACAGAACAACAUAUUUAUAUCACAGCUUGAACUGGGGAUCAUACUUGGAGCACAGUUAGUACCACAGACUACUCUAAAAGCACAGUUAGUACCACAGAUGACUCUAACACCACAGGUCGUACCACAGAUUACUCUAACAGCACAGUUAAUACAACAGAUUACUAUAACAGCACAGUUAAUACCACAGAUUACUCUAACAGCACAGUUAGUACCACAGAUUACUCUAACAGCACAGUUAGUAUCACAUAUUACUAUAACAGCACAGUUAAUACCUUACAUUACUAUAACAGCACAGUUAGUACCACAGAUUACUCUAACAGCACAGUUAGUACAACAUAGUACUAUAACAGCACAGUUAAUACCACAGAUUACUCUAACAGCACAGUUAGUACCACAUAUUACUCUAACAGCACAGUUAAUACCUUACAUUACUAUAACAGCACAGUUAGUACCACAGAUUACUCUAACAGCACAGUUAGUACCAUAGAUUACUAUAACAGCACAGUUAGUACCACAUAUUACUCUAACAGCACAGUUAAUAACUUACAUUACUAUAACAGCACAGUUAGUACCACAGAAUACUCUAACAGCACUGUUAGUACAACAGAUUACUCGAACAGCACAGUUAAUACCAUAGAAUACUAUAACAGCACAGUUAGUACCACAGAUUACUCUAACAGCACAGUUAGUACCAUAGAUUACUAUAACAGCACAGUUAGUACCACAGAUUACUCUAACAGCACAGUUAGUACCACAUAUUACUCUAACAGCACAGUUAAUACCUUACAUUACUAUAACAGAACAGUUAGUACCACAGAUUACUCUAACAGCACAGUUAGUACUACAGAUUACUCGAACAGCACAGUUAAUACCAUAGAAUACUAUAACAGCACAGUUAGUACCACAGAUUACUCUAACAGCACAAUUAAUACCUUACAUUACUAUAACAGCACAGUUAGUACCACAGAUUACUCUAACAGCACGGUUAGUACCACAGAUUACUAUAACAGCACAGUUAGUACCACAGAUUACUAUAACAGCACAGUUAGUACCACAGAUUACUCUAACAGCACAGUUAGUACAACAGAUUACUCGAACAGCACAGUUAAUACCAUAGAAUACUAUAACAGCACAGUUAGUACCACAGAUUACUCUAACAGAACAAUUAAUACCUUACAUUACUAUAACAGCACAGUUAGUACCACAGAUUACUCUAACAGCACAGUUAGUACCACAGAUUACUCUAACAGCACGGUUAGUACCACAGAUUACUAUAACAGCACAGUUAGUACCAUAGAUUACUAUAACAGCACAGUUAGUACCACAGAUUACUCUAACAGCACAGUUAAUACCUUACAUUACUAUAACAGCACAGUUAGUACCACAGAUUACUCUAACAGUACAGUUAGUACCACAUAUUACUCUAACAGCACAGUUAGUACCAUAGAUUACUAUAACAGCACAGUUAGUACCACAGAUUACUCUAACAGCACAAUUAAUACCUUACAUUACUAUAACAGCACAGUUAGUACCACAGAUUACUCUAACAGCACAGUUAGUACCACAGAUUACUCUAACAGCACGGUUAGUACCACAGAUUACUAUAACAGCACAGUUAGUACCAUAGAUUACUAUAACAGCACAGUUAGUACCACAGAUUACUCUAACAGCACAGUUAAUACCUUACAUUACUAUAACAGCACAGUUAGUACCACAGAUUACUCUAACAGCACAAUUCGUACCACAGAUUACUAUAACAGCACAGUUAGUACCAUAUAAUACUAUAACAGCACAGUUAGUACCACAGAUUACUCUAACAGCACAGUUAGUACCACAUAUUACUCUAACAGCACAGUUAGUACCACAGAUUACUCUAACAGCACAGUUAGUACCACAGAUUACUCUAACAGCACAGGUAAUACAACAGAUUACUAUAACAGCACAGUUAAUACCACAUAUUACUCUAACAGCACAGUUAAUACCUUACAUUACUCUAACAGCACAGUUAGUACCAUAGAUUACUAUAACAGCACAGUUAGUACCACAUAUUACUCUAACAGCACAGUUAAUACCUUACAUUACUAUAACAGCACAGUUAGUACCACAGAUUACUCUAACAGUACAGUUAGUACCACAGAUUACUCUAACAGCACGGUUAGUACCACAGAUUACUAUAACAGCACAGUUAGUACCACAGAUUACUAUAACAGCACAGUUAGUACCACAGAUUACUCUAACAGCACGGUUAGUACCACAGAUUACUAUAACAGCACAGUUAGUACCACAUAUUACUAUAACAGCACAGUUAGUACUAUAUAUUACUAUAACAGCACAGUUAGUACCACAGAUUACUCUAACAGCACAGUUAGUACCACAGAUUACUCUAACAGCACAGUUAGUACCACAGAUUACUAUAACAGCACAGUUAGUACCACAGAUUACUAUAACAGCACAGUUAGUACCAUAGAAUACUAUAACACCACAGUUAGUACCACAGAUUACUAUAACAGCACAGUUAGUACCACAGAUUACUCUAACAGCACGGUUAGUACCACAUAUUACUAUAACAGCAUAGUUAGUACCACAGAUUACUAUAACAGCACAGUUAGUACCACAGAUUACUCUAAAAGCACAGUUAGUACUAUAUAUUACUAUAACAGCACAGUUAUUAUUCUUAUUUCGUGUUUUUGUUCUAUCUUAUGUUAUUUAUGGUACUACAUUGAUAUUGAUUACUUUAUUGUUGGGUUUGGAGUGUGCAAGAAAUGCUUUUCACUGUACUUGUGCACGUGACAUUAACACUUGAAACUACGACUGCAAAUCAUCUGAACAGCACAUAACUGCCUGGGAUGCAUACUUCUACUUGUGUCUGGCUGCUCUGCUCUACAGAGCUAUCAAAGGUGGCAGCUGGGCUCGCCUGCUACAAAUAAGAAAGCCUAUAGGUAAACAGAUGAAUGAGCGGAUUUAGCCGGCAGGAAGGCUGUGAAACUACCUCCUUGUGCCAUGUAUAAUACAGAGCUGCUGCCUAGCACGUCUUUCCACAGCCAGAGUCGACAGUGACCGAUGGACUGUCCCUUUCUCUCUUAUCUGGGCCUCAGCAGCCCCACGUCGUCUGGCUGUAGGCCUGGGGAGGCCCUCACACACAGGCGCUCACAUGCACACACACACACACACGUGCGCACACACACACACACACACUUUCUCUGUUCACACACAGCUCCCCUACACCCUCAUACCGGAGAAGAUUUGCCCGUGAAGUUUUGAAAUAUUUAUUAUCUAUCGUCAUGCAACAUCACAGAGUGCCAAGUCCAUCUCCUGGUUCAGGUACUGUACACCACCAAUGUGUAGCACCUACCUGUGUAAUGCACAACAAGUACAGUAUUAAUGCCAGAACGCACUGCGGCUCUCAUGCCAUGUCAGUGCCCUUGGGCAUCUUUGACUAGAGGAAGGAUAGUGGCCAAAACCACUUCCAGAAGCCAUCAGAUUUUUACAGGUGGUCUCCCAGUUACCAACCAGCCCUGCCCCCUACCCUGCUUAGGGCUGGAAGUGAUUUGGCUGCUGAUUUCUGCUGUUGGUAUGGCUUCUGCCCAGUCAUACAAACAUUGUGCAUUGUUCUGAACCAUGAUACUGUAUAUAUUCUAGAAGCUUUAGUGCGAAAAUAUAACUCAGUAUGACAAGUUAAUUUCUUUGUUGUGGUGUGCGGCCCGGCCCUUACUGGGGUGAAAUGAAGCUCUAAACUAACCUCAGCUAGUCGAUUCCUUGUAUCUUAUAAAAUGGAGGCCUUGUCUCCUCUAUUCAGUUCAGCAUCUUUGUGUUUGUGUUGCUUGCCUUGGUAAAUGUGCUUGUGUGUUAGGAGAUACUGUGCCAAUUAAUGUCUUCGGAUUCUCUCUGUUUCUCUGUUGUAUCCUUGGUUUCCUGCUUUUGUUUAUCGCUCUAAGUCCCUUGCUCCCAGAGGGCUGUGAGGCAGGUUGACAGUGGAAAGGCACGGAGCUAAAGAACACGACUGAAGCUUGUGUUCCAGAUAUUUUUUUUUAUAGAGUCUUAGCAAACUACCGUGUCUCACUGCCUCUGCAGCCCUGCCAAUUUGUCCUGCCACUGUCACUCCUCGUCUAUCUCUAUCUCUCAUCACCCAUGGCUUCAGCUUAAAGCCGUGUGUGUGUGUGUGUGUGUGUGUGUGUGUGUGUGUGUGUGUGUGUGUGUGUGUGUGUGUGUGUGUGUGUGUGCGUAUGAGCGAGUGCUUGUGCAUCCCACUGGGCACAGACAUCAAUUCAACGUCUGUUCCACGUUGGUUCAACGUAAUUUCAUUGAAAUGACGUGGAAACAACAUUCAUUCAACCAGUGUGUGCCCAGUGGGAGGUGUUGCUGUAGGUUUUCCACUCUGAAAAAAAAAGGUGUUGAGUUGAGCCUAAAUAUUGUCAUAUGCUUCUUUUUAUUUUAUUUUUUAUUUCACCUUUAUUUAACCAGGUAAGCCAGUUGAGAACAAGUUCUCAUUUACAACUGCGACCUGGCCAAGAUAAAGCUUCAUACUCACACUGUUCCUUCUCCUCUCCCUUUGUAACCCUGUCACACACCCUCCCCCCUCUCCCUUUGUAACCCUGUCACACACCCCCCUCCUCUCCCUUUAACCCGUCACACCCCCCUCCUCCCCCUUGUAACCCUGUCCACACCCCCUCCUUCCCUUUGUAACCCUUCACACACCCCCUCCUCUCCCUUUGUAACCCUGUCACACACCCCCUCCUCUCCCUUUGUAACCCUGUCACACACCCCCUCCUCUCCCUUUGUAACCCUGUCACACACCCCCUCCUCUCCCUUUGUAACCCUGUCACACACCUCCCCCCUCUCCCUUUGUACCCGUCACACACCUCCCUCCUCUCCCUUUGUAAACCCUGUACACACACCCCUCCUCUCCCUUUGUAACCUGCAACAACACCCCUCCCCCCUCUCCCUUUGUAAACCCUGUCACAACCCCCUACAAAACCCUUUGUAACCCUGUUCACACACCCACUCCUCUCCCUUUGUAACCCUGUCACAGACCCCUCCAUCUCCCUUGGGAACCCUGGUCAGACCCCCUCCCCCCUUCUCCCUUUGUAACCCUGUUCACUACCCACCCUCCUCUCCUUUAACCUGUCACCACUCCUCCCUCUCUCUCCCUUUGUAACCCUGUCACACCCUCUCCCCUCCCCUAACCUCACAACCUCCCUCCUCUUCCCUUUGUAACCCUGUCACACCACACCCCCCUCGUCCCUUUGUACCCUGUCCACACCUCGACUGCCUUCUCGCCUUGCAACCCAGUCACCACCUUCCCCUCCCCUUUGAACCCUGUCCACACACCCUCCCUCCUCUCCUUUGUAACCCUGUCACAAACCCUGCUCCUCUAACCCUGUAACCCUUCACACCCCUCCUCUCCCCUUUGUAACCCUGUCACACACCUCCCCCUCUCCUUUGUACCCGUCACACCCCCUCCUCUCCUUGUAACCUGUCACACCCCCUCCUCUCCCUUUGUAACCGUCACACACCUCCUCCUCUCCCUUUUCACGAAUAAUACUGCAACCUAGUUGCUAGCUAAUAAACUAGGUUCUAUUCCUAGAAACAUUGAACCGCUGUAGUUACAACAAUUAUAGUUUCUGAGGUGGAAGUUGGGAGAGUUAUAUUUGGGAGUUGUGGUGAGGGAGGCCCCGCUCUCUCCUUUCCCAGAUGUUUAGUUCAUUUUAUUCCGAUCUCCUCUGCAUUAUUGUAGCCAUCUGCUGCAGCCUGUCAACUAUGCCUCUGCCUAUCCCUGUUCUCUCCUCUCCGCACAGGCUACACAAACGCCUCACACCGCGUGGCUGCUGCCUCUCUAACCUGGUGGUCCCUGCACGCACAACCCACGUGGAGUUCCAGGUCUCAGGCAGCCUCUGGAACUGCCGUUCUGCUGCCAACAAGGCAGACUUCAUCCCAGCCUAUGCUACCCUCCAGUCCCUCGACUUCUUGGCGCUGACGGAAACAUGGAUUACCACUGAAAACACUGCUACUCCUGCUGCUCUCUCCUCGUCUGACCAUGUGUUCUCGCAUACCCCGAGAGCAUCUGGUCAGCGGGGUGGUGGCACAGGAAUCCUCAUCUCUCCCAAGUGGACAUUCUCAAUUUUUCCCCUGACCCAUCUGUCUAUCUCCUCAUUUGAAUUCCAUGCUGUCACAGUCACUAGCCCAUUUAAGCUUAAUAUCCUUGUCAUCUAUCGCCCUCCAGGUUCCCUUGGAGAGUUCAUCAAUGAGCUUGACGCCUUGAUAAGUUCCUUUCCUGAGGAUGGCUCACCCCUCACAGUUCUGGGGGAUUUCAACCUCCCUACGUCUACAUUUGACUCAUUUCUCUCUGCCUCCUUCUUUCCACUCCUCUCCUCUUUGACCUCACCCUCUCACCGUCCCCCCCUACUCACAAGGCAGGCAAUACGCUUGACCUCAUCUUUACUAGAUGCUGUUCUUCUACUAAUCUCACUGCAACUCCCCUCCAAGUCUCCGACCACUACUUUGUAUCCUUUUCUCUCUCCCUCUCCUCCAAGACUAUUCACUCUGCCCCUACACAGAUGGUAAUGCGCCGUCGCAACCUUCGCUCUCUCUCUCCCGCUACUCUCUCCUCUUCCAUCCUAUCAUCUCUUCCCUCUGCUCAAUCCUUCUCCCUCCAAUCUCCUGAUUCUGCCUCCUCAACCCUCCUCUCCUCCCGUUCUGCAUCCUUUGACUCUCUAUGUCCCCUAUCCUCCCGGCCGGCCCGGUCCUCCCCUCUAGCUCCGUGGCUUGAUGACUCAUUGCGAGCUCACAGAACAGAGCUCCGGGCAGCUGAGCGGAAAUGGAAGAAAACUAGACUCCCUGCAGACCUGGCAUCUUUUCACUCCCUCCUCUCUACAUUUUCGUCAUCUGUUUCUGCUGCUAAGGCCACUUUCUACCACUCUAAAUUCCAAGCAUCCGCCUCUAACCCUAGGAAGCUCUUUGCCACAUUCUCCUCCCUGCUGAAUCCCCCCCCCCCCCCUCCUCCCUCUCUGUGGAUGACUUCGUCAACCAUUUUGAAAAGAAGGUUGACGACAUCCGAUCCUCGUUUGUUAAGUCAAAUGACACUGCUGGUCCUGCUCACACUGCCCUACCCUAUGCUUUGACUUCUUUCUACCCUCUCUCUCCAGAUAAAAUCUUACGACUUGUGACGGCAGGCCGCCCAACAACCUGCCCGCUUGACCCUAUCCCCUCCUCUCUUCUCCAGACCGUCUCUGGUGACCUUCUCCCUUACCUCACCUCGCUGAUCAACUCAUCCUUGACCGCUGGCUAUGUCCCUUCCGUCUUCAAGAGAGCGAGAGUUGCACCCCUUCUCAAAAAACCAACACUCGAUCCCUCUGAUGUCAACAACUACAGACCAGUAUCCCUUCUUUCUUUUCUCUCCAAAACUAUUGAGCGUGCCGUCUUUAGCCAACUCUCUUGCUAUCUCUCUCAGAAUGACCUUCUUGAUCCAAACCAGUCAGGUUUCAAGACUGGUCAUUCAACUGAGACUGCUCUUCUCUGUGUCACAGAGGCUCUCCGCACUGCUAAAGCUAACUCUCUCUCCUCUGCUCUUGUCCUUCUAGACCUGUCUGCUGCCUUUGAUACUGUGAACCAUCAGAUCCUCCUCUCCACCCUCUCCGAGCUGGGCAUCUCCGGCGCGGCUCACUCUUGGAUUGCGUCCUACCUGACCGGUCGCUCCUACCAAGUGGCGUGGCGAGAAGCUGUCUCCGCACCACGUGCUCUCACCACUGGUGUCCCCCAGGGCUCAGUUCUAGGCCCUCUCCUAUUCUCGCUAUACACCAAGUCACUUGGCUCUGUUAUAUCCUCACAUGGCCUCUCCUAUCAUUGCUACGCUGACGACACACAACUAAUCUUCUCCUUUCCCCCUUCUGAUAACCAGGUGGCGAAUCGCAUCUCUGCAUGUCUGGCAGACAUAUCAGUAUGGAUGACGGAUCACCACCUCAAGCUGAACCUCGGCAAGACGGAGCUGCUCUUCCUCCCGGGGAAGGACUGCCCGUUCCAUGAUCUCGCCAUCACGGUUGACAACUCCGUUGUGUCCUCCUCCCAGAGUGCGAAGAGCCUUGGCGUGACCCUGGACAACACCCUGUCGUUCUCCGCUAACAUCAAGGCGGUGACCCGAUCCUGUAGGUUCAUGCUCUACAACAUUCGGAGAGUACGACCCUGCCUUACACAGGAAGCGGCACAGGUCCUAAUCCAGGCACUUGUCAUCUCCCGUCUGGAUUACUGCAACUCGCUGUUGGCUGGGCUCCCUGCCUGUGCCAUUAAACCCCUACAACUCAUCCAGAAUGCCGCAGCCCGUCUGGUGUUCAACCUUCCCAAGUUCUCUCACGUCACCCCGCUCCUCCGCACACUCCACUGGCUUCCAGUUGAAGCUCGCAUCUGCUACAAGACCAUGGUGCUUGCCUACGGAGCUGUGAGGGGAACGGCACCUCCGUACCUUCAGGCUCUGAUCAGUCCCUACACCCAAACGAGGGCACUGCGUUCAUCCACCUCUGGCCUGCUGGCUCCCCUACCUCUGCGGAAGCAUAGUUCCCGCUCAGCCCAGUCAAAACUGUUCGCUGCUCUGGCACCCCAAUGGUGGAACAAGCUCCCUCACGACGCCAGGACAGCGGAGUCACUCACCACCUUCCGGAGACAUUUGAAACCCCACCUCUUUAAGGAAUACCUGGGAUAGGAUAAAGUAAUCCUUCUACCCCCCCCCCCCCCCUUUACUCCACCCCCACCCACCCCCCCCCCCCAAAAAAAAACAAAACAAACAUUGUAAAGUGGUUAUCCCACUGGCUAUAAGGUGAAUGCACCUAUUUGUAAGUCGCUCUGGAUAAGAGCGUCUGCUAAAUGACGUAAAUGUAAAUGUAAAUGUAACCCUGUCACACACCCUCCCUCCUCUCCCUUUGUAACCCGUCACACACCUCCCUCCUCUCCCUUUGUAACCCUGUCACACACCUCCCUCUUCUCUCCCUUCUCCACGUUUCUCCUCUCGACUCUCACCAUCUCCCUCACUUAUUCUCUGUCUGUCUUUCUCCUCUUCCCUUCUCCUUCUCCCUCCUUUAUUUUCAUUACAUUUCUCUUUCUCUCUUUCCUUACUCCCUGUUUUCUCACCAACUCUCCCUCUCCACUCUUCCUUCCUCAUUAUUUCACUGCUCUCCAUUCCCCACCUCAGGGGGAUGGGUUAAAAGCAGAAAGACACAUUUCUGUGGAUAAGGAAUCGAAAAUGAAGUCUCUCUCUCUCUCUCUGUGUAGUGUUGCUGCGUGAGGAGGUGGCCCAGCUGCAGGAAGAGGUGCACCUGUUGAGGCAGAUGAAGGACAUGUUGAGUAAGGACCUCGAGGAGACCCAGGGCGGCUGCUCCUCCCACCUCCUCUCUGCCACUGAGCUCCGCGUGCAGAUGGGAGACAAGGAGCAGGAGCUGGACCGCGCCAAAGAGGCGUUACAAGGUCAGGGGGAAACCUGUUGUAUUCACCUAUUAGCCUGCUAGUACUACCUGAGUCCUACCCUAUUGUUUUACCUGACUCCUACCCUACUGUCCUACCCUGCUAGUCCUACCUGAGUCCUACCCCUACUGUCCUAUCUGAGUCCUACCUGAGUCCUACCCUACUGUCCUAUCUGAGUCCUACCCUACUGUCCUACCCUGCUAGUCCUACCUGAGUCCUACCCUACUGUCCUACCCUGAUAGUACUACCUGAGUCCUACCAUACUGUCCUACCCUGCUAGUCCUACCUGAGUCCUACCAUACUGUCCAACCUGAGUCCUACCCUACUAUCCUACCCUACUGUCCUACCUGAGUCAUAUCCUACUGUCCUAGCCUGCUAGUCCUACCUGAGUCCUACUCUAAUGUCCUACCCUACUGUCCUACCUGAGUUCUACCCUGCUAGUCCUAUCUGAGUCCUACCGUACUGUCCUACCUGAGUCCUACCCUACUGUCCUACCCUGAUAGUCCUACCUGACUCCUACCCUACUGUGCUACCUGAGUCCUAACCCUGCUAGUCCUAUCUGAGUCCUACCCUACUGUCCUACCUGAGUCCUACCCUACUGUCCUACCCUGAUAGUCCUACCUGACUCCUACCCUACUGUCCUACCUGAGUCCUACCCUACUGUCCUACUGGUUGUAUUCAACCUCUGACACUAGCGCCUCUAUUUAAGUUGCGCAGUUGUAGGCUAUUUCACACCCCACAUGCAUUAAAGGGCUGAUUUUGACCAUAUGGUAAAUUAGGGGCAUUUCAAAGGUUGUUCACGAACACUGAGGCUGAGAACGAUUUAUAUUUAUCAAUGGUUAUCUCCUACCGGUAUGCAAAUGGUGUAGGAUUGUUUGAUAAAUCACACUUUUUCUAUGCAUACAAACAUUCAACAUUUUGUGCGUAAGUAGUAUUUUAGAAACAUUCAAAGACCGUUUUGGUACACCAGAAGUACAUUAAUUUCCAAUAGAUCGCUACGUUUGCCUUGCAGCAUUGUGUUGCAGAGGCAGUUGCAUUGCGUUCUGUGUUCUGUGUGGUGCAUACGAUUUAUCCAACAUAUGCAUCAAAUUGUAUGCGUAGACUUGACAGAAAUAUUAGCAAAAGGUGAAUGUUUAACUUUCGUUGCACACAUAUCCAGUAAAACAUUUGGAUUAUAUAAUGAAAAAAAAUUUGACUGCAGAAUUGAUUAUGCAGCAUUGAUGCAAUGAGGCAUCAGGCCUAAUAUCCUACACAGCUAUCUGAGCCCUGCCACACCCAUUUAAAGCCCCAUAUGUUUCUCACACAGCUCAGUCAAACCCACUUAAUCUCACUAGAGAUAUCAGUUUAUCACUCAACACAUCGAUCAGUCGAUCCCUUGAAAAAUUGUAUCUGACCUAAAUGUGUCUGGUAUGCCCCAUAUGUUUACCAGUGGAGGCUCCUCAAAGAAGGAAGGGGAGGACCAAUCUCCUCAGUAAAGUUCAUAAAAAUAAAAAUAGUGAAACAUUUAAAAUGUUAUCCUUUUUAGAUAAAACUAUACUAAAUAUAUUCACAUCACCAAAUAAUUGAUUGAAACACACUGUUUUGCAAUGAAUGUCUACAGUAGCCUCAGCAGCACUCUGAAAGGUAUCACCAUGGUGACAGCUAGCUUCUGUCCUCCUUUGGGAACAUUGACUUCAAUACAAAACCGAGGAGGCUCAUCAUGGUUCUCACCCCCUUCCAUAGACUUACACAGUAAUUAUGACAACUUCUGGAGGACAUCCUCCAACCUAUCAGAGCUCUUGCAGCAUGAACUGACAUGUUGUCCACCCAAUCAAAGGAUCAGAGAUUGAAUCUAGUACUGAAAGCAUAAGCUACAGCUAGCUAGCACUGCAGUGCAUAACAUGUGGUGAGUGGUUGACUCAAAGAGAGAGAAAGACAACAGUUGAACAAAUUAAUUUCUUCCAAAAUUAAGAAGAAGCUAGAGAGAGAGAGAGUGCUAGCUUACUGCUUACAGUAUUCUGUACUGCAUGAUUGUAGCGUGUUUACUAACACAUUAGUUAUAGUAGCUAUGUUGACUAUGACGUGACAACGAUGUAGGCUGUGUGUAGCGGUUAGCGCGCAUGAUAUGAAUGUUUGGCUUGAACGUUUUUUUCACCUGGUCACAGACAGCUGAUGUGUUGUGCACUGAAGUCCACAAGCGAAGGGAAAAGGUGAGAGGAGGCGAGCGCGUAGAUAGAUGCGAGAAUGAAUUAUAUAUACAAUGAGCUGUUUGUAUGCUCCGUGUGAUCAGUAGUUGUGUGGAGUCGACUCCAAAAAUCCUGGAGUCGUGCACCAUUGCUGAUCAGGGAUGUAUUCAUUGUGCCGAUUCUGUUGAAAAACGUCUCUUAAACGGAAGCAAAUGGAACAAAAUGGGGAUUAACAUACCUGAAUUUGUCCAAUAGAAACUCUUGUUUGCAACUGUUAGACUAAUGAUUACACCCUAGAUCAGCUAGAUGCAGGCAAGAGUGUGCAAGGCAGCGUUGCCAACUCAUCAGUAAGGAAAGUAGCUAUUGGCUGUCCUAAAAGUCGCUAGAAGUCGCUAAAUGACGUCAUCACCUAAUUUGCAUAAUUGUCAAUGUGCAUGUAAUUGUGAUGGAUGCUGUAGGAGAGAGGAAUAAUGUCGUGGGAGAGACAAAAAGUGAGUAAAAACACCCUAUAUUUACAUCCCGCCCUGAAUGUAAGCCAGGGCAGGAUCAGCCAGCGGCGGCUUCCCGCAUGCGCGAUUCAUUUGCAGUCUGGACGCGGAGGGGUGAACAUCUCCUGCUCUGACUGCAGCUGGGAGGGACUGCUGCGCGAGGACUGGGCCACCUGUGAGUGCUUUGGGAUGGGGGUGGGGCCCACGGGGGUGGCGGCAGCACCCGCUGCUCGUUGAGAAGAGUAAGAACGAUAUGUGCUUUCACGUCAGAGUCUCCAAAAGUCUACAAUAACACCAGAAAAAGUCACUAGAUGUGUCGCUAGAUUUGUCGCUAGUCGCGUUUUUGAAAAUGUAUCGCUAGAGGGGUCUGAAAACUCGCUAAAUAUAGCGACAAAGUCGCUAAAUUGGCAACACUGCAAGGCGGUAUUGACUGUGUCACUGUCUGUCACCUUGAUUACCCAAAAUUCUCUCAACCUGUGCACCUACGUUGUAAACAGUGGUGUAAAGUACUUCAGUAAAAAUACUUAAAAGUACUACUUAAGUAGUUUUUUGGGGUAUCUGUACUUUACUUUACUAUUUAUAUUUUUGACAACUUUUACUUCACUACAUUCCUAAAGAAUAUUAUGUACUUUUUACUCCAUACAUUUCCCUGACACCCAAAAGUACUCAUUACAUUUGAAUGCUUAGCAGGUCAGGGAAAUUGUCUAAUCCACACACUUAUCAAGAGAACAUCCCUGGUCAUUCCUACUGCCUCUGAUCUGGCGGACUCACUAAACACAUGCUUCAUUUGUAAAUGAUGUCUUAGUGUUGGAGUGUGCCCCUGGCUAUCCGUAUUUUUUUUUAAAACAAGACAAUGGUGCCGUCUGGUUUGCUUAAUAUAAGGAAUUUGAAAUGAUUUAUACUUUUAGUUUAGAUACUUAAGUAUAUUUUAGCAAUUACAUUUACUUUUGGUAUUUAAGUAUAUUUAAAACCAAAUACUUUUAGAUUUUUACUCAAGUAGGAUUUUACUGGGUGACUUUCACUUUUACUUGAGUCAUUUUCUAUUAAGAGUCAUUUUCUAUUAAAGGUAUCUUUACUUUUACUCAAGUAUGGCAAUUGGGUACUUUUUCCACCACCUUCCUCAUGAUCAUUGAUGCCCCACGAGGUGAGAUCUUGAAUGGAGCCCCAGACCGAGGGUGAUUGACCGUCAUCUUGAACUUCUUCCAUUUUCUAAUAAUUGCGCCAACAGUUGUUGCCUUCUCACCAAGCUGCUUGCCUAUUGUCCUGUAGCCCAUCCCAGCCUUAUGCAGGUCUACAAUUUUAUCCCUGAUGUCCUUACACAGCUUUCUAGUCUUGGCCAUUGUGGAGAGGUUGGAGUCUGUUUGAUUGAGUGUGUGGACAGGUGUAUUUUAUACAGGUAAUGAGUUCAAACAGGUGCAGUUAAUACAAGUUAUGAGUGGAAAACAGGAGGGCUUCUUAAAGAAAAACUAACAGCUCUGUGAGAGCCGGAAUUCUUACUGGUUGGUAGGUGAUCAAAUACUUAUGUCAUGCAAUAAAAUGCUAAUUAAUUAUUUAAAAAUCAUACAAUGUGAUUUUCUGGAUUUUUGUUUUAGAUUCCGUCUCUCACAGUUGAAGUGUACCUAUGAUAAAAAUUACAGACCUCUACAUGCUUUGUAAGUAGGAAAACCUGCAAAAUCGGCAGUGUAUCAAAUACUUGUUCUCCCCUCUGUAUAAGUCAAUACUUUCUGCCUGAUCCGUCCUUCCACAGUGUCAGUAAUGAGAUCUGUUCAUUAGUCUACUUGGCUCUAGUCUAGGCUCAGUUCCUUUAAGGUUGAGUUCCAUAAAUGGUAGCACACAGGCCUUGUUUGAAGAUAUAUAUUUUUUUGGCUUGUAGUGUAAUGUUAUGUAUAGUAUGUGGUGGUGAGAGGAGACAGCUUGUCAUCAUAGCUGUGGCCAAGUGUGGUUUCUCUUGUGAAACCAACCCCUAUUACUCCUACCCCAAAUAAAUAUUUGACAGGAGAAAAUGCUCUGGAGCAUGAAGUCAUGAGCUCUGCUGAUCGGCAACUACAUAGCAACCUAGCAGUGUCAAAAGCCCUGGGGCCUCAUUUACCGAUGAUGUGUAGGCACAAAUCUGUGCGUAAACCAUGCGUUGGAUAAUUUCAAUGCAAAGUGUGAGAUUUAUCAAUAUGAAUGUUUGGUUGAGAGUGUGCGUAAAUGUAUGCACAGCCAUGACCAUGCCUACGCACAGUGCCAAGUGGUGGAAUAAGGGCACUGCUUGUCAAGCAUAGCCUAGUGAAUGGGGAGAAUAUAUGUUGAAAAUGUGUGAAAUUGUGAGAGUAAUAUUUUUUUAUCGAUUUCUUUGUAUUUACAUUGUGAAUUCAUGCAACAUAUCUUGACAGACUAUAUCAUAUAAUUUGACCACAUUAGUGCAUUUGUUACGAUAAUAAUCCAUAUAAAGUACAGUAAUUUGUUAAAUUAGAGUCACUUGGGAAAGUUAAACCCUUGUUGAAAUACUAUAAAAGACUGAGAUAAUGGGAAAUUAAAUGAGAGAUGUCUACUCUUGCUCUGUUGGAAGAUUUGGCACAAGCUGCAUUUAGCAGAGACCACAUGUUUUGAGACAGGUGAGACUUUUUUGCAGAAAGUACAGAUUGGCUCAUCAGAUAGUUUUCCAAAACCAAUUUUAUAGGAUUUUUUGCAAGGAUUUAAGAUCUACUUUGGAAAGGCAAACACAUGCCAUUACAGUGCUAUCCACCCUUGGGUUUUUUCCACGGGCACUUUUCAGCGGGAGCUUGACGAUUGGCAUCUCACAGCUCUCGAUGAGCAGAUGUUUUGGAUGUAAACCAAUUUCCGAACACAAUCGCACAACAGGUUGAAGUCAAGAAAGGUUUCUUUGCCAUCAAUGGGUUCCAAAAUACGAACGGAGCAAUAGACGACACCCACAUCGCCAUAAAAGCACAAUCCCAAAACGAGUUCAACAAUGUGAACAGAAAAGGCUUCCACUCACUUAAUGUGCAGCUGAUAGGUUGUGUGAUGGACAAAAGAUGUUGCUGUAUGUGGUGGCCAGGUGGAAUGCACGACUCAUUCAUUCUGCAGAAUAGCAAUGUUGGCCUAUACACCUACAGGAGGGAUCUGUUGAGGAUAGAUGGCUUAUUGGUGUAUUAUCUAUUCAUUUGAAGAAUAUUUGCCAUUACUAAAACAACUUGAAUUGUCCUAAUUGUCCUCUCUUGUUGCAAUAGUUUUUUUUUUACUGGUCUGAACAGCCAAAUAAAACAUUUUGGUUGUAAUCAACCUUUGACACUAGCACCUCUUUCAGUCUCGGAAGAGUAAUUUUUUUUGUGUGCUUUUUUUUGGUUGUGUGGCUGUAUUUCAUGGUAAAGCGUUGUAUAUUCCUCACGGGCUUUAAAGGGAUGAUUUUGACCAUCUGUGGUUAAUUAGGGGCGUUUUGAAAUGCAAAUGGCCAAGGUCUGAGGCUGAGAAGGAUUGGUAUUUAUCAAUGGUGAUCUCCUACCGGUGUGCAUAUGAUGGCCGUAGGAUUAUUUGAUAUACCACACUUUGUCUAUGCAUCCAAACAUUCUAAAUUCCGUUCAUUAGUAGUAUUUUACUAAAAUACUACUUAUGAAAGGAAUUUUGAAUGUUUCUAAAAUACUACUUACGCACAAAAUGUAGAAUGUUUGUAUGCAUAGAAAAAGUGUGAUUUAUCAAACAAUCCUACACCGGUAGGAGAUAACCAUUGAUAAAUAUACAUUGUUCUCAGCUUCAGUGUUCGUGCACAACCUUUGAAAUGCCCCUAAUUUACCAUAUGGUCAAAAUCAUCCCUUUAAUGCAUGUGGGGCGUGAAAUAGCCCUACAACUGCGCAACUAAAAUAGAGGUGCUAGUGUCAGAGGUUGAAUACAACCAAAAGGUUUUAUUUGUCUCGCUCAAUUGUGGCUUGACCAGUAAAAAGCUAAAACAUUUUUAUUUUUUUAUUUUACCUUUAUUUAACUAGGCAAGUCAGUUAAGAACAAAUUCUUAUUUACAAUGACGGCCUACACCGGCCAAACCCGGACGACGCUGGGCCAAUUGUGUGCCGCCCUAUGGGAUAGCUACAAAGAGAAGACCAUUAAGACAAUUAGUUGUUUUAGCAAUGUCAAAUAUACUUCAAAAAAGGAGGCAACACUCACCAAUAAGCCAUCAAUCCUCAACAGCUCCCUACUGUAGGCGUAUAGGCCGACAUUGCGGUUCUACAGAAUGAACGAGUCCCACCUGUCUCUAAAAACACACACUGCACUCAACCUUGUCUCAGAGCAUUUCAUAUUAUUCAAAUCAAAUCAAAUAUUGGACCUAGACUUGGCGCUCCGGUACCAAUUGCUGUGCGGUAGCAGAGAGAACAGUCUAUGACUUGGGUGACUGGAGUCUUUGACAAUUUCUUGGGCCUUCCUCUGACACCGCUUAGUAUAUAGGUCCUGGGUGGCAGGAAGCUUGGCCCCAGUGAUGUACUGGUCCGUACGCACUACCAUCUGUAGCGCCUUACGGUUGGAUGCCGAGCAGUUGCCAUACCAGGCUGUGAUGCAACUGGUCAGGAUGCUCUCGAAGGUGCAGUUGUAGAACUUUUUGAGGAUCUGGGGACACAUGCCAAAUAUUUUCUGUCUCCUGAGGGGGAAAAGGCGUUGUCGUGCCCUUUUCACAACUUUCUUGGUGUGUUUGGACCAUGAUAGUUUGUUGGUGAUGUGGACACUGAGGAACUUCAAACUCUUGACCUGCUCCACUACAGCCCCGUCGAUGUGAAUGGGUGCGUGUUCGGCCCUCCUUUUCCUGUAGUCCAUGAUCAUCUCCUUUGUCUUGCUCAUGUUGAGGUAGAGGUUGUUGUCCUGGCACCACACUGCCAAGUCUCUGACCUCCUCCCUAUAGGCUGUCUCAUCAUUGUCGGUGAUCAGGCCUACCACCGUUGUGUCGUCAGUAAACUUAAUGAUGGUGUUGGAGUCGUGCUUGGCCACGCAGUCGUGGGUGAACAGGGAGUACAGGAGGGGACUAAGCACUCACCCCUGAGGGGCCCCCGUGUUGAGGAUCAGCGUAUGUGUUGUUGGCUACCCUUACCACCUGGGGGCGGCCCGUCAGGAAGUCCAAGGAUCUAGUUGCAGAGGGAGGUGUUUAGUCCCAGGGUCCUUAACUUAGUGAUGAGCUUUGAGGGCACUAUGGUGUUGAACACUGAGCUGUAGUCAAUGAACAGCAUUCUCACAUAGGUGUUCCUUUUGUCCAGAGGUGUUCCUUUUGUUCCUUCUGUAUGUAAAUCCGAGACGCUCCAUUUAGUAUGAUAUGUUACGUUUCGUAUGGUAUUUAUUAAUUUGUGGAUGUCCAUCAUCCAUUUCGUAUGAUAUGUUACGAAUUACAAUUCGUAUGAUAUGUUACGAAUUUGCAACACGUACAAUAUGUUACGAAUUUGCAAAACAUACUUUAUGUUACGAAUUCUCAAAAACGUAUGAUAUGCUACGAAUUCUAGCUAGGUGGCUAACGUUAGGGUUUAAGGUUAGGGGUCAGGGUUAAGGUUAGGGUGAUGGGAAGGGUUAGCUAAAGGGGUUAGAGUUAGGGGGAGGGUUAGCUAAAAGGGUUAGGGUUAGGGAAAGGGUUAGCUAACAUGGUAAGCAGUUGCAAAGUAGCUAAAAAGUAGGUAGUGAGCAGGUAGUGUCUUUCACUUACAAAAAAACUGAACAAGGUUGUCUCCCACAAUGCUUUGGUUCUGACUUCAAGUUGCAGUUGAUGAAGAGCAACUGCAGACAUUUUCAGUCGAAUGCAAUUUCUACAUUUUUUUAUACCCAUAACGCAACACACUUUGAAAGGCGCUGGCCAACGUUGGUCAACACCUUUAAAAAAGUGAUCUGCUCGAAUGCGCCCAAUGAUAAUUCACACACUUUGCAUGGAAAUGAUCCCACACAUGGUUUAUGCACAGAUUUGUGCCUAUGCGUGAUUGAGAAAUGAGGCCCCUGGUCUGCCCUUGAAAGCCUAUGUAAAUUUGAAUCACCAGAAUGGCCAAAAUGAAAUUAGAUGUCUGUUUUGGGCUCUACAGUCGUGGUCAAAGGUUUUGAGAAUGACACAAGUAUUGGUCUUCACAAAGUUCGCUGCUUCAGUGUUAUGAGAUAUUUUUGUCAGAUGUUACUAUGGUAUACUGAAGUAUAAUUACAAGCAGUGUCAAAGGCUUUUAUUGACAAUUACAUUAAGUUUAGGCAAAGAGUCAAUAUUUGCAGUGUUGACCCUUCUUUUUCAAGACCUCUGCAAUCCGCCCUGGCAUGCUGUCAAUUAACUUCUGGGCCACAUCCUGACUGAUGGCAGCCCAUUCUUGCAUAAUCAAUGCUUGGAGUUUGUCAGAAUUUGUGGGUUUUUGUUUGUCCACCCGCCUCUUGAGGAUCGACCACAUGUUCUCAAUGGGAUUAAGGUCUGGGGAGUUUCCUGGCCAUGGACCCAACACUUCGAUGUUUUGUUCCUCGAGCCACUUAGUUAUCACUUUUGCCUUAUGGCAAGGUGCUCCAUCAUGCUGGAAAAGGCAUUUGUCGUCACCAAACUGUUCUUGGAUGGUUGGGAGAAGUUGCUCUCGGAGGAUGUGUUGGUACCAUUCUUUAUUCAUGGCUGUGUUCUUAGGCAAAAUUGUGAGUGAGCCCACUCCCUUGGCUGAGAAGCAACCCCACACAUGAAUAGUCUCAGGAUGCUUUACUGUUGGCAUGACACAGGACUGAUGGUAGCGCUCACCUUGUCUUCUCCGGACAAGGGGUUUUCCGGAUGCCCUAAACAAUCGGAAAGGGGAUUCAUCAGAGAAAAUUACUUUACCCUAGUCCUCAGCAGUCCAAUCCCUGUACCUUUUGCAGAAUAUCAGUCUGUCCCUGAUGUUUUUCCUGGAGAGAAGUGGCUUCUUUGCUGCCCUUCUUGACACCAGGCCAUCCUCCAAAAGUAUUCACUCACUGUGCGUGCAGAUGCACUCGCACCUACCUGCUGCCAUUCCUGAGCAAGCUCUGCACUGGUGGUGCCCCGAUCCCGCAGCUGAAUCAAGUUUAGGAGACGGUCCUGGCGCUUGCUGGACUUUCUUGGGCGCCCUGAUGCCUUCUUCACAACAAUUGAACCUCUCUCCUUGAAGUUCUUGAUGAUCCGAUAAAUGGUUGAUUUAGGUGCAAUCUUGCUAGCAAUAUCCUUGCCUGUGAAGCCCGUUUUGUUUCCUUGCAGGUAACCAUGGUUAACAGAGGAAGAACAAUGAUUUCAAGCACCACCCUCCUUUUAAAGCUUCCAGUCUGUUAUUCUAACUCAAUCAGCAUGACAGAGUGAUCUCCAGCCUUGUCCUCGUCAACACUCUCACCUGUGUUAACAAGAGAAUCACUGACAUGAUGGCAGCUGGUCAUUUUGUGGCAGGGCUGAAAUGCAGUGGAAAUGUUUUUUUGGGAUUAAGUUCAUUUUCAUGGCAAAGAGGGACUUUGCAAUUAAUUGCAAUUCAUCUGAUCACUCUUCAUGACAUUCUGGAGUAUAUGCAAAUUGUCAUCAUCAAAACCGAGGCAGCAGACUUUGUAAAAAUUAGUAUUUGUGUCAUUCUCAAAACUUUUGACCACGACUGUAAAAUGUGUUUAUUAUGAUGAAGUUCAAUCCCAACUAUGAAUUAUUUUAAAGUUUGCUACAAAUCGAGAUAUUUAAUUAAAUAGUGAGCCAUUCUGACUACAUUUGUCAUCACGCACGACCAAGUGCUGACACAGUCAAAUCACGGGCCGGCAUGCUACGAGGAGGCUCCCGGUUGACUGUCUCAGGUAGGAUGAAAACAACGACAUCCGCCAUGAUUCUUUGCUAGUUACAUUCACUUUCACCAUGAUCUUUAGCGAUUUCUUUGGUGCAAUUCAACUCCAUUCAGCAAUAUGGCGCGCUUCAAAUUCAAAUACUUCCCGCUUCAUGAGGCAUCGGUAGUUUUCCAUAGGAAUACAUGGAUGAUCUCCAUGCUAUCACUAGCUACUGGUUUUAAUGUCUAUGUGUUAAACCCAAAGAGAGCAAAGUUAACAGUGUCAAAUUUUCUUGUUUAAAUUGGCAUUGAAAACUAAUUUUUACCUCAUCCCCUGAUAAGGCAGACUGGCUGUGUGUAGAAUGCCAGCAGCGUGAGCACCUAAAGAAGAAAAAACCUAUCACUUCUGUUUCAUCUCUCUAACCUCCCCCAUCUAUCCCUCCUUCCCUCCUCUGUCUUCCGAUCAGGGAGCAACAGGUGGCAGUCAGCGUGCUCAUUACUGUGGCGCUCUCUGGUGUAACUGUUGAAGAACAGGUUUGAAUGUUGAUUGAGGAGGGUUAAAGGCAGGAACAUGUACAUUGGGAAUGCUUAGGCCUCAAUGAAUGACGGUUACGGUUAUGGAGAGGACAGCUUCUACUUUGUCUUAAAUAGAAAGAUUCAGGAAUACUUUGUUAUCAUGACUCACAAUCUUACUCUACCUGUCAAGGCUUCACUAUUUUCCUAUCCACUCAAUUCAGGUUAGUAUUUAUGGUCUCAUAUCCUCUCAAUACAGGUUAUUAUUUAUGGUCUCAUAUCCUCUCAAUACAGGUUAUUAUUUAUGGUCUCAUAUCCUCUCAAUACAGGUUAUUAUUUAUGUUCUCAUAUCUUCUCAAUACAGGUUAUUACUUAUGGUCUCAUAACCUCUCAAUACAGGUUAUUAUUUAUGGUCUCAUAACCUCUCAAUACAGGUUAUUAUUUAUGGUCUCAUAUCCUCUCAAUACAGGUUAUUAUUUAUGGUCUCAUAACCUCUCAAUACAGGUUAUUAUUUAUGGUCUCAUAUCCUCUCAAUACAGGUUAUUAUUUAUGGUCUCAUAACCUCUCAAUACAGGUUAUGAGUUAUGGUCUCUUAUACUGAAAAGCAAACCUUGACCCUGGAAGUUGGCUGUAUUAAACAUGCUGCCUGUGUGGCCAAUGCCAUUAUGCCAAGCCGUCUUUGGGAGAAGUAUAGUGAACAUAGUCCCCACAUCAGUCUGUGUGUUUAGGUGUUUUGAAUGACUAUGUGCCUCUCUGCCACUUACCGUCUUAGAUCAUUACAUAAUUUACUCUGUGGUGCUUCUUUGGGAUCAGUGGUGAAAAAAGUAGCCAAUUGUCAUACUUUAGUGAAAGUAAAGAUUCUUUAAUAGAAAAUGACUCCAGUAAAAGUCAGUCACCCAGUAAAAUACUACUUCAGUAAAAGUCUAAAAGUAUUUGGUUUUAAAAUAUACUUAAGUAUCAAAAGUAAAUGUAGUUGCUCAAAUAUACUUAAGUAUCAAAAAUUCCUUAUAUUAAGCAAACCAGACGGCACAAUUUUCAUGUUUUUAUUUUAUUUAUUUAUGGAUAGCCAGGGGCACACUCCAACACUCAGACAUCAAUUACAAACGAAGCAUUUGCAUUUAGUGAGUCCGCCAGAUCAGAGGCAAUAUGACCAGAGAUGUUCUCUUGAUAAGUGUGUGAAUUGGACCAUUUUCCUGUCCUGCUAAGCAUUCAAAAUGUAACGAGUACUUUUGGGUGUCAGGGAAAAUGUAUGGAGUAAAAAGUUAAUUAUUUUCUUUUGGAAUGUAGUGAAGUAAAAGUAAAAGUUGUCAAAAAUAUUAAUAGUAAAGUAAAAUACAAAUACCCCCAAAAACUACUUAAGUGGUACUUUAAAGUAUUUUUACCUAAGUACUUUAAUCCACUGUUUGGGAUAACAAUGUUGCUCUUCCUAGGAUUUUACAAUAAGUCACAGUGUCAUCUUGUGGCAAUUCAAUAUAACUGCAUCUCUGACCCAACCUUUGGUUAAAGUCUUUAGUCCUGAUUUGUGUGUGUGCAUGCGUGUGUGUGUCCCACAGCUAUGAAGUCUGACCGUAAGCGUCUGAAGGUGGAGAAGGCAGACCUGGUGAACCAGAUGCAGCAGCUGUACACCACACUGGAGAGCCGGGAGGAGCAGCUCCGAGACUUCAUACGCAACUACGACCAGCACCAAAAGGUACAGUGCACUCAACAACGACCAGCACAAAAAGGUAUACUCACAUUUACGCUCAACAACGACCAGCAGUGGUGGAAAAAGUACCCAAUUGUAAUACUUUAGUAAAAGUAAAGAUACCUUAAUAGAAAAUGACUCAAGUAAAAGUGAAAGUCACCCAGUAGAGUUCUACUUGAGUAAAAGUCUAAAAGUAUUUGGUUUUAAAUAUACUUAAGUAUCAAAAGUAAAUGUAAUUGCUAAAAUAUACUUAAGUAUCAAAGGUAAAAGUAUAAGUAUAAAUAAUUUCAAUUUCCUUAUAUUAAGCAAACCAGAUGGCACUAUUUUCUUGUUUUUUUAUUUACGGAUAGCCAGGGGCACACUCCAACACUCAGACAUAAUUUAUAAACAAAGCAUAUGUGUUUAGUGAGUCCACCAGAUCAGAGGCAGUAGGGAUGACCAGGGAUGUUCUCUUGAUAAGUGCGUGAAUUUUCCUGUCUGCUAAGCACUACUUUUGGGUGUCAGGGCAAAUGUAUGGAGUAAAAAGUACAUUAUUUUCUUUUGGAAUGUAGUGAAUUAAAAGUUGUAAAAAAUAUAAAUAGUGAAGUAAAGUACAGAUACCCCAAAAAACUACUUAAGUAGUAUUUUAAAGUAUUUUUACUUAAGUACUUUACACCACUGAUGACCAGCACCAAAAGGUACACUCACAUUUAUGCUCAACUAUGACCAGCACCAAAAGGUACACUCACAUUUACGUUCAACUAUGACCAGCACCAAAAGGUACACUCACGUUUACUCUCAAUUACGACCAGCACCAAAAUGUACAAUACAUAAUAAUAAUAUGCCAUUUAGCAGACGCUUUUAUCCAAAGCGACUUACAGUCAUGCGUGCAUACAUUUUUUUUUUGUGUGUAUGGGUGGUCCCGGGGAUCGAACCCACUACCUUGGCGUUACAAGCGCCGUGCUCUACCAGCUGAGCUACAGAGGACCACACUACACAGUAGACAGAUCCACUCCAAAUAGUUUGAAAUAGUAUAACUAACACACCGGGGCUUCAUCGAGUAGUCAUAUGCCUACACGCUGGUUUGAGGCAGUGCUGGGAGUGUUGUUAGCUAAUAUCCACUUCCCGACGUACCAGUUAGCCUUGAGCUAGCCUCGAGCCAGGCCCAUCUCCCGGCUAUCUACCUCUCUGUCAACCGGACGGGACCUCCUAGUGUCGACACGGAGCCCCGCCGAUCCAUCACGUCUGGUCUGCCGACGUAAUCGUCUGAUGUGGUUUCAACAGGCUUCCCGUUGCGACGACCAUGAAGAUCAAUCUGCUAGCCCCAGCCCGCUAGCAUGCGCAAUCAACAGCCGUGCCUCCUGCUCGCCUGUGCUUUAGCAGCCUACAAUCUGCUCCCGGACUUACUUAGUGCUGUUCACUGGACCUUAUGAUCACUCAGCUACACAGCUAAUGCCUGCUGGACUGUUCCUUUACACGGUACCCCAUCCUGUUGAUCUGUUUAGCCUCAGCCCAAACUUUCGUCGCCAUUACCAGUUGUUGUCUUAGCCCUCUCGAAUCUGUGAUUGCGUUAUGCCUCUCUCCCAUGUCAAUAUGCCUAUUGCUGUUUGGGUUAGUUCCUAUUAUACCAUUUCACUGUAGAGCCCCAAGUUCAGCUCAACCAGCCUCAGAGAGCUCCUUUGUUCCACCCCCCAUACACGCGGAGACCGGCUCAAUCGGUACCUCCUGUGAUGCUAUCUCUUUCAUAGUUACCCAAUGCUUAGGUGUACCGCCACUGUACUCAUAUCCUUCCAUAUCCUUGUCUAUACAUAAUGCCCUGAAUCUAUUCUACAACGCCCGGAAAUCUGCCCCCUUUCUCUGUACCCAACCCACUAGAAGCCUUUAGCCAUAUCCUUAUUAUAUUCCUCCUCUGUUCCUCUGGCGAUGUAGAGGUUAACCCAGGCCCUGUAGCCCCCAGUAUCACUCCUACCCCACAGGCGCUAUCAUUUGUUGACUUCUGUAACCGUAAAAGCCUUGGUUUCUUGCAUAUUAACAUCAAAAGUCUCCUCCCCAAGUUUGAGUUAUUCACUGCGUUAGCACACUCUGCCAACCCUGAUGUUCUAGCAGUGUCUAAAUCUUGGCUUAGGAAGGCCACCAAAAAUUCAGAAAUGUCCAUUCCGAACUACAACAUUUUCCGUCUAGAUAGAACUGCCAAAGGGGGCGGAGUUGCAAUCUACUGUAGAGAUAGCCUGCAGAGCUCUAUCAUACUAUCCAGGUCUGUGCCUAAACAGUUUGAGCUUCUACUUCUAAAAAUCCACCUUUCCAGAAAUAAGUCUCUCACUGUUGCCGCUUGCUACAGACCCCCCUCAGCCCCCAGUUGUGCCCUGGACACCAUAUGUGAAUUGCUUGCCCCCCAUCUAUCCUCAGAGUUCGUACUGCUUGGUGACCUAAACUGGGAUAUGCUUAACACCCCGGCCAUCCUACAAUCUAAACUAGAUGCCCUCAAUCUCAAAGAAAUUAUCAAGGAACCUACCAGGUACAACCCUAAAUCCGUAAACAUGGGCACCCUCAUAGAUAUCAUCCUGACUAAUUUACCCUCUAAAUACACCUCCGCUGUCUUCAACCAGGAUCUCAGCGAUCACUGCCUCAUUGCCUGCGUCCGUAAUGGGUCCGCGGUCAAACGUCCACCCCUCAUCACUGUCAAAUGCUCCCUAAAACACUUCAGCGAGCAGGCCUUUCUAAUUGUCCUGGCCCGGGUAUCCUGGAUGGAUAUUGACCUCAUUCCGUCAGUAGAGGAUGCCUGGAAUUUCUUCAAAAGUGCUUUCCUCUCCAUCUUAAAUAAGCAUGCCCCAUUCAAAAAAUUCAGAACUAAGAACAGAUAUAGCCCCUGGUUCACUCCAGACUUGACUGCCCUUGACCAGCACAAAAACAUUGUGUGGCGUACUGCAUUAGCAUCGAACAGCCCCCGCGAUAUGCAACUUUUCAGGGAAGUCAGGAACCAAUAUACACAAUCAGUUAGGAAAGCAAAUGCUAGCUUUUUCAAACAGAAAUUUGCAUCCUGUAGCUCUAACUCCAAACAGUUUUGGGACACUGUAAAGUCCAUGGAGAAUAAGUGCACCUCCUCCCAGCUACCCACUGCACUGAGGCUAGGAAACACUGUCACCACCGAUAAAUCUACGAUAAUCAAGAAUUUCAAUAAGCAUUUUGCUACGGCUGGCCAUGCUUUCCACCUGGCUACCCCUACCCCGGCCACCAGCUCUGCACACUCCGCUGCAACCCCCCCCCCCCCCCGCUUCUCCUUCACCCAAAUUCAAAUAGCUGAUGUCCUGAAAGAGUUGCUAAAUCUGGACCCCUACAAAUCAGCUGGGCUAGACAAUCUGGACCCCUUCUUUCUAAAAUUAGCCGCGGAAAUUGUCGCAACCCCUAUUACUAGCCUGUUGAACCUCUCUUUCGUAUCGUCUGAGAUCCCCAGAGAUUGGAAAGCUGCCGCGGUCAUCCCCCUCUUCAAAGGGGGUGACACUCUUGAUCCAAACUGUUACAGACCUAUAUCCAUCCUGCCCUGCCUUUCAAAAGUAUUUGAAAGCCUAUUUAACAAACAGAUCACCGACCAUUUUGAAUCCCACCGUACUUUCUCCGCUAUGCAAUCUGGUUUUCCGAGCUGGUCAUGGGUGCACCUCAGCCACGCUCAAGGUCCUAAAUGAUAUAAUAACCGCGAUCGAUAAAAGACAGUACUGUGCAGCCGUCUUCAUCAACCUGGCCAAGGCUUUUGACUCUGUCAAUCAACGCAUUCUUAUUGGCAGACUAAAUAGCCUUGGUUUCUCAAAUGACUGCCUUGCCUGGUUCACCAACUACUUCUCAGAUAGAGUUCAAUGUGUCAAAUCGGAGGGCCUGUUGUCUGGACCUCUGGCAGUCUCUAUGGGGGUGCCACAGGGUUCAAUUCUCGGGCAGACUCUAUUCUCUGUGUAUAUCAAUGAUAUCGCUCUUGCGGCUGGUGACUCUCAGAUCCACCUCUAUGCAGACGACACCAUUUUGUAUACAUCUGGCCCUUCAUUGGACACUGUGUUAACAAACCUCCAAAUGAGCUUCAAUGCCAUAUAACACUCCUUCCAUGGCCUACAACUGCUCUUAAACGCUAGUAAAACUAAAUGCAUGCUCUUCAAUCGAACGCUGCUUGCACCCGCCCGCCCGACUAGAAUCACUACUCUCGACUGGUCUGACUUAGAAUAUGUGGACAACUACAAAUACUUUGGUGUCUGGUUAGACCGUAAACUCUCCUUCCAGACUCACAUUAAGCAUCUCCAAUCCAAAGUUAAAUCUAGAAUUGGCUUCCUAUUUCGCGAACAAAGCCUCCUUCACUCAUGCUGCUAAACAUGCCCUCGUAAAACUGACUAUCCUACCGAUCCUUGACUUUGGCGAUGUCAUUUACAAAAUAGCUUCCAACACUCUACUCAGCAAAUUGGAUGUAGUCUAUCACAGUGCCAUCCGUUUUGUCACCAAAGCCCCAUAUACUUCCCACCAUUGUGACCUGUACGUUCUCGUUGGCUGGCCCUGACUACAUAUUCGUCGCCAAACCCACUGGCUCCAGGUCAUCUAUAAAUCACUUCUAGGCAAAUCCCCGCCUUAUCUUAGAUCAUUGGUCACCAUAGCAACACCCACCCGUAGUAUGUGUUCCAGCAAGUAUAUCUCACUGGUCAUCCCCAAAGCCAACACCUCCUUUGGCCGCCUUUCCUUCCAGUUCUCUGCUGCAAAUGACUGGAACGAACUGCAAAAAUCUCUGAAGCUGGAGACACUUAUCUCCCUCACUAUCUUUAAGCAUCAGUUGUCAGAGCAGCUUACCGGUCACUGCACCUGUACACAGCCCAUUGGUAAUUAGCCCACCCAACUACCUCAUCCCCAUAUUGUUAUUUACAUUGUUAUUUAUUUUGCUAAUUUGCACCCCAGUAUCUCUAUUUGCACAUCAUCUUCUGCACAUCUAUCACUCCAGUGUUAAUACUAAAUUGUAAUUAUUUUGCACUAUGGCCUAUUUAUUGCCUUACCUCCAUAACUUACUACAUUUGCACACACUGUAUAUAGAUUUUCUAUUGGGUUAUUGACUGUACGUUUUGUUUUUGUUUAUUCCAUAUUUAACUCUGUGUUGUUGUUGUUUUUAUCGCACUGCUUUGCUUUAUCUUGGCCAGGUCACAGUUGUAAAUGAGAACUUGUUCUCAACUGGCUUACCUGGUUAAAUAAAGGUUAAAUAAAUAAAUAAAUAAAAAAAGAUUGACAGUAUCUGUGUUCUGUACUGUAGGAGAGUGAGGAUGCGGUGAAGGCCCUGGCUAAGGAGAAGGACCUGCUGGAGAGGGAGAAAUGGGAUCUGAGGAGGCAGACCAAAGAGGCCACAGAGCAGGCCUGCAUCCUGCGCUCUCACAUGGACAUGAAGGAGAACCGCAUCAAAGAGCUGGAGGCUGAACUCACCAUGGUGAGACAUACACUCACAGGUUUUGCUCCUAAUCGGAAUUGCUGCAUUUUUUGCAUUGUUAAGGAGCCCCUUAGAGAGUCUGUUGUCUUGCCUGACUGACAGAUAUACUCAUUAUUCAGUCCAUGUCCUUAAUCCCUCUCCACUGCCAGACAACAGUAGACAGCCAGUCAGACAACAACAGCCAGCCAGCCCACCUCCUCUGUGGGGCUCCUCUAACUCCUCACUACACGCAGCAGCAGCAGCUGAUAAGAUUUCUCAGAGCUAGAAUACCAUAUCUCUGUCUCUGUCAUGUGCUCACAGCCAGAGAAUGAUGCUAACCUUGAUGGAAUGAUCUGUCCCAUCUAAUUCCACACGCAUUUCAACACACCCUGCAAUUCCGAACAUGUGCCUAUUUUAACACGUGUGGCAGUGCUCCUGUGUGUAUACACACUGAGUGUACAAAACAUUAAGAACACCUUCCUAAUAUUGAGUUGCGCCCCCUUUUGCCUUCAGAACAGACUUAAUUCGCAUGGACUCUACAAGGUGUCGAAAGCGUUCCACAGGGAUGUUGGCCGAUGUUGACUCCAAUGCUUCCCACAGUUGUGUCAAGUUGGCUGGAUGUCCUUUGGGUGGUGGACCAUUCCUGAUACACACGGAAAACUGUUGAGCAUGAAAAACCCAGCAGCGUUACAGUUCUUUACUCAAACCACUGCACCUGGCACCUACUACCAUACCCCGUUCAAAGGCACUUAAAUAUUUUGUCUUGCCCAUUCACCCUCUGAAUGGCACACAUACACAAUCCAUGUCACAAGGCUUAAAAAUCCUUCUUUAACCUGACUCCUCCCAUUCAUCUGCACUGAUUGAAGUGGGUUUAACAGGUGACAUCAAUAAGGGAUCAUAGCUUUCGCUUGGAUUCACCUGGUCAGUCUAUGUCACGGAAAGAGCAGGUGUUCCUAAUGUUUUGUAUCCUCAGUGUAUGUGUUUAUGAUGCAUCAGUGCAUACAUGCCUCCAAGCAUGUACUGUAUGUGUCUUUACCACUGUAUCUUACCGCCCUGUGUGUGUGUAUUUAUGGCAGGCAAAACAAUCCCUGUCCACGCUGACUAAGGAUGUGCCGAAGCGCCAGUCCAUGGCCAUGCCCUCAGAGCCGGUGGUGAACGGCAGUCAGGAGUGGGCGAUGCAGGGAGACCUGCCCCUCACCGCUGCCAUCCGCCAGAGCCAACAGACACUCUACCACGGACACACUGUGGACCGCCAGGGUAGGCAGUGGUGUAAAGUACUUAAGUAAAAAUACUUUAAAGUAUUACUUAAGUAAUACUAUUUAUAUUAUAUAUUUAUAUUAUAUACUAUAUAUAUGAUUGCUGAGUGUUGAAGUGUCCCCCUGGCUAUCCGUAAAUUAAAAAUAUAUACACUACCAUUCAAAAGUUUGUGGUCACUUAGAAAUGUCCUUGUUUUCGAAAGAAAAGCAAAUAUUUUGUCCGUUAAAAUAACAUCAAAUUGAUCAGAAAUACAGUGUAGACAUAGUAAUGUUAUAAAUGGCUAUUGUAGCUGGAAACUGCUGAUUUUUUAAAUGGAAUAUCUACAAAGGCAUACAGAGGCCCACUAUCAGCAACCAUCAGUCCUGUGUUCCAAUGGCACAUUGUGCUUGCUAAUCCAAGUUUAUCAUUUUAAAAGGCUAAUUGAUCAUUAGAAAACCCUUUUGCAAUUAUGUUAGCACAGCAAAACACCAGUCUCAACGUCAACAGUGAAGAGGUGACCUUCGGAGUUGCAAAGGAAAAAGCCAUAUCUCAGACUGGCCAAUAAAAAGAAAAGAUGAAGAUGGGCAGUCUGAGAUAUGGCUUUUUCUUUGCAACUCUGCCUAGAAGGUCAGCAUCCCGGAGUUGCCUCUUCACUGUUGACGUUGAGACUGGUGUUUUGCAGGUACUAUUUAAUGAAGCUGCCAGCUGAGGACCUGUGAGGCGUCUGUUUCUCAAACUAGACACUCUAAUGUAUUUGUCCUCUUGCUCAGUUGUGCACCGAGGCCUCCCACUCCUCUUUCUAUUCUGGUUAGAGCCAGUUUGCGCUGUUCUGUGAAGGGAGUAGUACACAGUGUUGUACGAGAUCUUCAGUUUCUUGGCAAUUUCUCGCAUGGAAUAGCCUUCAUUUCUCAGAACAAGAAUAGACUGACGAGUUUCAGAAGAAUGUUCUUUGUUUCUGGCCAUUUUGAGGCUGUAAUCGAACCCACAAUUGCUGAUGCUCCAGAUACUCAACUAGUCUCAAGAAGUCCAGUUUUAUUGCUUCUUUAAUCAGCACAACAGUUUUCAGCUGUGCUAACAUAAUUGCAAAAAGGUUUUCUAAUGAUCAAUUAGCCUUUUAAAAUGAUAAACUUGGAUUAGCAAACAUUGGAACACAGGACUGAUGGUUGCUGAUAAUGGGCCUCUGUACGCCUAUGUAGAUAUUCCAUAAAAAAUCAGCCGUUUCCAGCUACAAUAGCCAUUUACAACAUUAACAAUGUCUACACUGUAUUUCUGAUCAAUUUGAUGCUAUUUUAAUGGACAAAAAAUGUGAUUUUCUUUCGAAAACAACGACAUUUCUAAGUGACCCCAAACUUUUGAACGGUAGUGUUUAUAUAAUGGUGCUUUCUCGUUUGCUUAAUAUAAGACAUUUGAAAUGAUUUAUACUUUUACUUUUGAUACUUAAGUAUAUUUAAAACCAAAUACUUUUAGACUUUUACUCAAGUAGUAUUUUACUGGGUGACUUUGACUUUUACUUGAGUCAUUUUAUAUUAAGGUAUCUUUACUUUUACUCAAGUAUGACAAUUAGGUACCUAUUCCACCACUGAGGGUAGGGUCACCUCUGUCUGUCUGUCUGUCUCUGCUUCUGCCUCUGUCUCUAAUAUAGAUAUAAUAAUAUAUGCCAUUUAGCAGAUGCUUUUUAUCCAAAGCAACUUCCAGUCAUGCAUGUAUACAUUUUAAGUAUGGGUGGUCCCAGGAACCGAACCUACCUGGUGUUGCAAGCACCUUGCUCUAUCAACUGAGCUACAGAGGACCAAUCUCUCUCGCACACACACACAAACAGCACAACCAUUACUGUAUUGAGGAGUCAGUGGCUCAGUGUGAGGUGACUAAUGUGUGUGGACUAAUGUCUCCUCUCCAGCGGUGGUCAGGAUCAGUCCCUGUCACUCCCGCCAGCCCUCUACCAUCUCAGACGCGUCGGCGGCUGACGGGGAUCGGUCGUCCACCCCCAGUGACAUCAACUCCCCCCGCCACCGGACACACUCUCUCUGUAAUGUAAGAGCUGCCUGGCCCCCCCGACCAAGUAAUCACACCUCCGCAAUUCUCUAUAAGUACCUUUACUCUUCUUUGUUCGGUCUGUUUGUCUGUCUGUCUUUACCUGCUCUUUCAGUUGGUUUAGUUAUGUUGUAGUAUUGGUUACUGUAGUUCUGUGAUUGAAUCUGCAAGUCGUUUGUGUUGACUAACCUGAAUGUCUGUCUGUCCUCUGCACUCUCUUUCUCUGUCCUACUCCCCUCUGCCCCUUUUUCGCCCUCUCCUCCUGCCCCCCUCUCUCUCUCUCUCUCUCUCUCUCUCUCUCUCUCUCUCUCUCUCUCUCUCUCUCUCUCUCUCUCUCUCUCUCUUUCCUCCUGCCCUCACUCUCUCUCCUACUGCCCCCCCCCCCCCUCUCUCUCCUCCUACCCUCUCCUUCCCCUGGCCUAGUCUAUGGAGGACCUGGAGGACCAGAAGCGUAAGACUAAGAAGAAGGAGAAGAUGAGUCUGGGCUCCCUCUCCCGGGUGUUUGCUCGGGGCAAGCAGCGCAAGUCAAUGGACCCGGGCCUGUUUGAUGGUACAUCCAUCCCUGAUUAUUACAUAGAGGAGGAUGCCGACUGGUGAUGGUGUGUGUGGGUCUGGUUGUGUGCAUGCAGAUGUGCGUGUGUGUCUCUGUCUGUCUGUCUGUCUGUGUGUGUGUGUCUCUGUCUGUCUGUCUGUCUGUGUGUGUGUGUCUCUGUGUGUGUGUGUGUGUGUGUGUGUGUGUGUGUGUGUGACCAUGUGCAUGUGUGCGGGUGUGUUGCCGUAUGUGCCCAAAAGAAAAACCUGAAAGACAACUGGUACCCCCAGAAAAUGUAUAUUAUCCUCAAAAAUGUAUGUAUGUAAAUUAAAUAUAUAUUUAUAGAUGUACAUGUAUGCAUAUGUAUAUAUGUUUACAUGCAUAUAAAUAUAUACAUGAGAUUAUUAUGUGUAAACAUGUUUAUGCUGUGUAAUCUUUUAUUUAUCUUAAUAUAUAUGUGUUUUUUAUAACUGGAGACAUGAAGGACUGGUGUGAAUAUGUAAAUAGUAGUAAUUGAGCACCUAGUGUUUGUAAAUGUCUUUUGUCUGAUAACGGUUUUAUUUCAUAGUUGCUUUUAUCAUACUUUUUUAUUUAGAAUUUUCCCAUCCCCAGUCUUAUUUGGCCAAUUCUUGACAUUGUCAUGAAGAUAUGAAUGAGGAAUAACCCUCCACAUUGUGAAUGGAAAAUAAACACACCAGUGGUAUCCAUUAGUAAUCAACAUUGAAGUCUAUGGAACGACCAUGUUUCUUAUAGUGAAACUGAAAGAAAAUAAUAAUAAUAUGACAAUCAGAAGGACAUUUGAUAUUCUACUGAACAAUGGACCAGUUAGUUGACUAUUUCAGAAACGUCCCACUAUACAGCCACAGUAAGGAGUCUGACCAGCCUUUUGUUGUGACCCUGUAGUGUAGAACAAGUGAAACUACUACAGCUGGGGGGAGCAGGUCUUAUUGCUUAUUCUGUCAUAAUGGAUAAAAGGAGAGGAGCCCAUUGGGCAGCAUCGGCGAAUAGGAUAGCCUCAUAUAGGAUGAUGCUGUGAGUACCAGAGUGUCUGAUGUGAAUAGUGUGUUUUGUCUAGAUACAGGUUUAGGAGUAUGGGAAUGUUAGAUAGGUAGAGGAGUGAUAUGUGUUUGUUUGUGUAGGCCUCCUGCUCUGUUCUACCCAUGCUGAAUGUUUCAGAUAGACACUGACCUUUUCAAUCGGAUCAAUUGUUAAAGAAUUACGGUACCCUGCCAGGCCUGUAGAUGUGUUAAAUCGAUCCAUAUACAUUUCUCACUGAAAGCUGAAAACCAAAAUAAGGUUAAAAAAACAAUGGUAGCAAACUAUUUAAAACACACAAAGUGAUCAAUGUAUCUGAUUAACACACACACACAGUUUGAAAGCAUUUUAAAGUGCCAAAGGUUCAAGUUUAAUCUUUAACUAAAUAGAGUCAGAGUAGAUGUGGGUCACUGCCUUGUAAGAUCGCUUUUGUCCUUAUUGAGUUUAAAAACGGACAACUAUCUAACAUGUGCCAACGGUAAGCAUAGGACUGUGCAGUAAAGCCCCUGCAUGAUUACAUGUGCUGCUUUGGUUAGGAAUCCAUUAGUUAGCAGUGAUAUUAACAACCUAAAGCAUCCUCAUAUUCCCUAACCCCCCAGAACAUAACCCCAUUCCCAUUUUUCAUUAUCUUGCAUCAUUCUGGAUGCAAUGACAGUUUUUAGUUUUGCUCUUUACCAUACAACCCUCCUCAUUUCUUACAUUUGUGAUUAUGACGAUAAUCUGUUUCAUGUUUUGUAAUUUAGGAGAUGUUGCAUAAAAGAGUAAAUCUUUCAAAGUAUUUUAUUUAAAGAACAAGAAGUAACUUCAAGGGUAAGAUAACCUGACCUGUCUUCAACUUUUGACAGUGGAUGAGGAGGAGCUUUAACAUCUUAAAAAAUGAAUAUGAUAAAUGAUUCAAAUAAAAUCUUAUUUUAAAAUGAAACCAGCAACUAAAUAUCCAUGUGGCGUUAUUCUGUUCCAUGUGUAAUCUGUUCUUGUGUCCCGCUCCCUUUCAGGGGGCAUGUUGUCAUGUUGGAUGGUGAAUCCCUCCCUCCCCAGAAAAUAACUCCUCAUAUGUGAAUUACCAAGUGUCUGUUUCCACACUGUGGGGAUCAUUCAUAAAACUAUACUCCUGAAGGAAAAUGACCUCCUGCGCUGUCUUUUGAAAACCUACUGAAAACUUAUGAGGGAUUGUAUUUAUGUAGGCCUCACUCUCAGCAUGUGAAAAAGGCAGAAGACACACUCGCUAAUCAUCCUGGAUUUUGCAGCUUACUUAUUUGUUUAAGUCUUGGAAAAACAGGUGGUAAAUUCACAGCAGCAGUUGGUUUUAUGAAUAAUGUGUCCCAUGUGUUUCAACGUGUCUCAAUCUCUAAUAUUUGCCUAUAGUGCCUAAAAAAUCCCUCCAUCCCCAGAAGAUCAUUCAAACACAACCAUUCAAAUGCAAACCUUAACCCAACUCACACAGUAUUUACUGAACACUAGAACCAAAAAAAAAGGUAUCUGUCUAUGAAAUGCGUACUAAUAGUUUUCAUUGUACCAUGUAAAAAUGUUUUCCUGGAUUUGUCAGUGCUUGAGUCACCUGCCCAGAUGUGGCACCUGUUCUCAGUUUGUAAUAUACAUUGUAGUGUGAUGAGUUAUUCAGUAAUGUCAUCAUAAUAUGGCAUCUAAUCAGUACUCUGUCAGAUAAUAGAGACCUCAAUAAUACUCUGCUGUGGUGAAUUACUCUGGUGCCAUCUAAUGGCUGCAUAGAGCAGUGUCUGACUGUUCAUACAAGUCCCAAAGCUGUUUUACGCUUUCUUGGUCCUGUCUCAUGUGUGAGACCCUCUGUCAUUCAAUCGCUAAUACUGCUGUCAUGAAAUGGCAUUUGAUGUUAGCUGCGGGGGGGACAUAAUUCCAGGUUGAUGAGUUGCCCAACAAUCAGAUGGGUUUCAGUAGACGGUAAAUAUUGUAGCCAUGUUAACAUGUUUCAGAGGGAUGUUAGUAAUAUCCUAGGUAUGCAGUGAUAUAUCUUCCUCCAUUUUCUACAGUUAAAGGCCCAAUGCAGCCAUUUUUAUAUCAAUAUCAAAUCAUUUCUGGGUAACAAUUAAGUACCUUACUUUAAUAGAUUUCCAUUAAAAUUGGCAAAAGUAUCUUUCUAGCAAAAAACUAUUUUUAAAAGCAAUAAUUUUGCUGGGACUGUCUGGGAGUGGUCUGCGUGGGGAGGGGAAAACGGAAAACUAGCUGUUAUUGGCAGAGAGGUUUGAAACUCUCUUUGUUAUUGGUCUAUUAACCAAUUUACCGCAUGGUGAUGUCACCAUGGAAAGCCAAAACUCCCGCCCAUGCAAAUCUGCUGAUAAGAAGGUCCUCUGUAGAUUGUAUUUUCAACCAGCAACCAUCAGAAAAUAACACUGAUCAAAAUUGUUCACACUUUUACAGUGUUAGUUUCAUCCCCUGUUGCACAAUAUGAUAUAAAACACAGGAAAAACUUAAUUUUGACUGCACUGGGCCUUUAAAUUUGAAUUGGAUGAGUCAUUUUUGCCUCUCAAUUCCUUUGACCCCAAACCCCUCCCCUGUCCUGUACUCCUACUUCCCCUGACCAAUCCUGACAGACUCUGACAGCCUCUCCAGCCUAUCGACACAACAACACAGCCUAUCAGACGGAGAGGAGCAGCUGGACCGCCUCCAGCAGGCGGAGCUCACUUGGAACAUGCCCAUGUCACUGUGGAAGGCAGGGGCAGUACAAGCCUGGCUGGAGGUUGUCAUGGCAAUGCCCAUGUACAUCCGUGCUUGUUCGGAAAACGUCAAAAGUGGCAAGGUACGGCCUCUACGCUUCAACAUGUAACAAGUGCACAUCCACUUUAAGCCUGAUUUCAGGACUUGUUUUUACAAAGCCUGUAAUGAUGGUAACAUCAUUACUAAGAAUCCCUCGUCCUCCCAGAAAAACAGGGAUUUCAGCAUGCAUUCUUUCCUCAUAGCAUCUGCAUUAAACGUAGUAUUCCCUCGUCCAUGCUUGCAUGCGUGUGUGUGCCUUAGUGUGAGAGUGAUUUUCAGUGCAGGUGUAUAUUGAUAAGAAGAGUGCUCUGGGUGGGUGUCCCCUGGCUGCAGGUGCUGCUGGGGCUGACAGACGAGGACCUGGAGCUGGGACUGGGUAUCAGUAAGCCCAUGCACCGCAGGAAGCUACGCCUCGCCAUCGAGGACUAUAGGGAGGCAGAGGCUGGCCAGGGGUGAGCUGGAACACACACACACACACACACACAUACAACACACACACACAUACAACACACACACACACACACACACAUUACUAAGUGAGACUUUCUAAUCUUUUAGGCUAUCAAAGGCUGCAGAAAUGGACCAUCAUUGGGUUGCCAAAUCUUGGUUGAGUGACGUCGGGUUGCCACAGUAUUCCCAAGCCUUCCAAAAUCAACUGGUGGAUGGUCGUGUGCUCAAAUCCCUCAGCCGACGAGACCUGGAGAGACUCCUGAACAUCACCACCCAGUCCCACCAAACCAGCCUGCUCCUGGCCAUCCAGCUCCUGCAAAUGAUCAACUUCAACAAAGAGGUCAGAUCUGUAGUCAUAUUCCCAAUACUGUGACAUUAGAGUGACCUCUCAGCCUCUCCUCCCUGUGUGCUUGUGUUGGUGUGGUUACAGUAAUAACCAUACAAUAACAGUACUGUAUUGUAACCGUAUAGUAACAGUACUGUAUUGUAACUGUAUAGUAACAGUACUGUAUUGUAACUGUAUAUUAACAGUACUGUAUUGUAACUGUAUAGUAACAGUACUGUAUUGUAACUGUAUAUUAACAGUACUGUAUUGUAACUGUAUAGUAACAGUACUGUAUUGUAACCGUAUAGUAACAGUACUGUAUUGUAACCGUAUAGUAACAGUACUGUAUUGUAACCGUAUAGUAACAGUACUGUAUUGUAACUGUAUAGUAACAGUACUGUAUUGUAACUGUAUAGUAACAGUACUGUAUUGUAACUGUAUAUUAACAGUACUGUAUUGUAACUGUAUAGUAACAGUACUGUAUUGUAACCGUAUAGUAACAGUACUGUAUUGUAACCGUAUAUUAACAGUACUGUAUUGUAACCGUAUAGUAAAAAGUACUGUAUUGUAACUGUAUAGUUAACAGUAAUGUAUUGUAACUGUAUAGUAACGUACUGUAUUGUAACUGUAUAUUAACAGUACGUUAUGUAACUGUAUAUUAACAGUACUGUAUUGUAACUGUAUAGUAACAGUACUGUAUUGUAACUGUAUAGUAACAGUACUGUAUUGUAACCGUAUAUACAGAUAACCAGUACUGUAUUGUAACCGUAUAUUAACAGUACUGUAUUGUAACCGUAUAGUAACAGUACUGUAUUGUACUGUAUAGUAACAGUACUUUAUUGUAACUGUAUAUUAACAGUACGUAUUGUAACUGUAUAGUAACAUACUGUUGUAACUGUAUUAACAGUACUGUAUUGUAACUGUAUAGUAACAGUACUGUAUUGUAACUGUUAGUAACAGUACUAUGUAACUGUUUAACAGUACUGUAAACUGUAUAGUAACAGUACUGUAUUGUAACUGUAUAUUAACAGUACUGUAUUGUAACUGUAUAGUAACAGUACUGUAUUGUAACUGUAUAUUAACAGUACUGUAUUGUAACUGUUAGUAACAGUACUGUAUUGUAACUGUAUAUUAAACAGUACGAUUUUUAACUGUUAGUAAACAGUACUGUAUUGUAACUGUAUAGUAACAGUAUGUAUUUAACUGUAUAUUAACAGUACUGUAUUGUAACUGUAUAGUAACAGUACUGUAUUGUAACUGUAUAGUAAACGUUGUACGAUUAAGUGUAUUGUAAUGAUAGUACAGUAUGUAUUGUACUGUAUAUUAACUAGUAUGACUGUUUUUUCGAGCUAUAUGUAACUGAUAUAACAGUACUGUAUUGUAACUGUAUAGUAACCUACUGUAUGUAUGUUUAACUGUAUAAUGUAUGUAACAGUACUGUAUUGUAACUGUAAUUAAACAGUAUGUUUUUGUAACUGUAUAUUAACAGUACUGUAUUGUAACUGUAUAGUAAACGGGAAAUGUAUGAUGUAAUGUAUUGUAACCAGUUUCUGUAUUGUAACUGUAAGUAAACAGUACUGUAUUGUAACUGUAUUUAACAGUACUGUAUUGUAACUGUAUAGUAACAGUACUGUAUGUAACUGUAUAUACAGUACGUAUUGUAACUGUAUAGUAACAGUACGUAUGUAACGUAUAACAGUUUCUGUAUUGAACGUAUAGUAACAGUACGUAUUGUAACCUUGUAAUAGUGAACCGUGAAAAUCUGUAUUGUACCUUAAUUGACUGUAUAGUAACAGUACUGUAUUGUAAUGUAUAUAACAGUACUGUAAAAUUGUAAAGCUUAUAGUAACAGUACUGUAUUGGGAACUGUAUACGUAAAUAACAGUACUUGUAACCUAUAGUAAAAGUACUGUCUGUAACCGUAUAAUAACUUACUUAUUUUAACUUAUAUUAACAGUCUUUUUAACGUAUAUAAAAUACUGUUUGUAACGUAUUAACAUACUGUAUUUUUAACGUAUAGUAACAGUACUUAUUGUAACUGUAUGUAAAAAGUAUGUAUUGUAAAAACUGUAUGUAAAGACGUAUGUAAAAUGUAUAGUAAAAUAUGUUUUUAACUGUAAUUUAAAAGUACGUAUUGGUUUUAAAGUAUAGUAACAGUAGUAUUGUAACUUAUUAAAGUACUGUAUUGUAAAAGUAUUUAACAGUAAAAAUGUAUUGUAACCGUAUAAUAACAGUACUGUAUGUAACCGUAUAGUACAGUCUGUAUUGUAACGUAUAUACAGUACUGUAUUGUAAACCGUAUAGUAAACAGUACGUAUUGUGUUACACCGUAUUGUAAAAGUAAUACUGUAUUGUAACCGUUUUAGUAACAGUACUGUAUUGUAACCGUAUAGUUAACAGUACUGUAUUGUAAACGAUAAUAACGUCUGUAUUGUAAACCGUAUAGUAACAGUACUGUAUUGGGAACCGUAUAGUAAAAUUAUUGUAUUGUACCAUAUAGUAACAGUACUGUUUGUAACUGUAUAUUAACAGUACUGAAAUUGUAAACCAUAUAGUCACAGUUACUGUAUGUAACCGUUUUAUAGUAACAGUACUGUAUUGUAACCGUAUAGUAACAGUACUGUAUUGUAACCAUAUAGUAACAGUACUGUAUUGUAACUGUAUAUUAACAGUACUGUAUUGUAACCGUAUAGUAACAGUACUGUAUUGUAACCGUAACAGUACAGUAUUGUAACCGUAUAGUAACAGUACAGUAUUGUAACCGUAUGGUAACAGUACUGUAUUGUAACCGUAACAGUACUGUAUUGUAACCGUAUAGUAACAGUACUGUAUUGUAACCGUAACAGUACUGUAUUGUAACCGUAUAGUAACAGCACAGUAUUGUAACCGUAUGGUAACAGUACUGUAUUGUAACCGUAUAGUAACAGUACUGUAUUGUAACAGUUAUAGUAACAGUUACUGUAUUGUAACCAUAUAGUAACAGUACUGUAUUGUAACCGUAUAGUAACAGUACUGUAUUGUAACCAUAUAGUAACAGUACUGUAUUGUAACCGAAUAGUAACAGGACAGUAUUGUAACCGAAUAGUAACAGUACAGUAUUGUAACCGUAUAGUAACAGUAUUGUAUUGUAACCAUAUAGUAACAGUACUGUAUUGUAACCGAAUAGUAACAGGACAGUAUUGUAACCGAAUAGUAACAGUACAGUAUUGUAACCGUAUAGUAACAGUACUGUAUAUGUGUGUUGUUGGUGUGCAGGUGCUGCAGGCUCGCCGGGCCCAGUGUGAGCACCAGAACCAGGACCCCGUGGUUUGGACCUGCCACAGAGUCAUGAAGUGGAUCAGAGACAUAGACCUAAAAGUGUGUCCUUCUCCUAGAACAGAAACAUCAGAAUAGGAUUCCGUUCUGACUGUCUCCAUUUUGGGCCAAUAGACUGGUGUAUACUCUGUUUACAUCCUGAUAGUGGAGAAUGAGUAAAAUUGAGACAAGUUGUUUGUUUGCCUUCUCUGUCUAACUAAACAUUAUGUCCCUAUGUCCAGGAGUAUGCUGACAGUCUCCAUGGCAGGGGAGUCCAUGGUGCUGUGCUGGCUCUGGACCCCUCCUUUGAUGCAGAUGCCAUGGGCAGGGCCCUGGGAAUCCCCAGCCACAAACACAUGCUCCAUCGGCACCUAUAUGAGGAGAUGAAGGCUCUCGCCAUCCCUGCCAGGUGAUUAGUCUUCCUCUAUCAUUUAUGGUUUUAAGCUCUUUAGCAAUAGUAAUAAGUGGAAUGUUUUGUUGAUGAAGUGUUUACAGCAGUGAGGUCAAUUAAAUCUUCCGUCCUUCCUACUACUCCUUGCAGGCAAAGUAGUGUGGAGCAGGAUUGUGACGCAUCGGGAACACCUCCACAAUCACCUUCUGCUGUUAGCCGCUAUAACGAGGAGAGUGUGUCCAUGAGACGAAGACCAGUUAAGGUAGGAAGAAGCUACUUUAAUAACUAUUUUAUUCAAGAAGACUCAUAAAUGGCAGUUAUUCUAAAUUGUACUGCAGAUAUUCAAACUGAGGCUGUACUUUUCCACUGGGUAUAAGCUCUGUUUUGCUUUGUGAUUCAUUCUUCCUUUCAUUUUCCCAGAGUCCUCUAAAGUUCAGCCCAAAGACUGCCAUUGGACGGGGCCUUGGUUACCAUGGCAGCUGUGGAUCUCUGCCCAGAGAGGCGCGGGUGCAGGCUGUGCCCAGGACGAAGGGCAGUCCCAUGCACACAUACAACAGUGUUGAGAUCACCAAUGUCUAA